AUCACGAAGGAGGACAAGUAACAUCACCAGGAGCUGCGCCCAGACACGCACGGUAAGUCUUCAUUCCUGGCAUGCCAAAACCAGGGCUCAGUGCCAGACUAGGCAAUGGACGCAAGUCCUCAGCGAGUAAAAGCUUGGCCACGGGCCAGCUUGCAGUCUGGUUAGGAUACAGGGACAGUUUACAUGUGCCUUUGGGGGUAACAUGAUACAACUCUAUGGUAUGUUUCACUAAUUUCAUUGUCUUUACCCUUAGUGCCAAGUACUGAACAUAUAUAUAUAUAUAUUUAUAUAUAUAUAUAUAUUUCAUGGCAUUUUAUGUAUGUACAGUUAGGCAUGUGUUAUUACUAUUUUAAUAGUUUGUUAAUGAAACGAUGAUCCCAUGAGAUUAUCUAGAUUCACCUUCCUGUGACACAGACCCACAUCAGGAAAGAUAUUUUAAAGGCUCCUUUUAAGACUAAUUACUUUAUAAACAGGUUCCAGGCCUCAAGACAUCUCUGGUCCUCUCUACUCACCUAUUCUUCAAUCUGUAAGAUUGUGACACCCAGCAUUGAUAAGGUGAUAGCUACAUCUUCUGAAGAUCUGAGGUGCAUGAAAGGUACAGACAGUUUGGGUCUAGUAUGAUCUGUCUGGGCUUAGAGUAGCAAGAAGACACAAAGUAUAGGCCUUUGAAAUCCGACAUGUACAAUUCAGAUAAUCAUCAAUUAAAAAUGACUCUUGCAAAAGAUAAUUUAUGAGUAGCCUCUAUCUUGCCAUACAUGCAAGGUCAGUGUGUGUGUGUGUUGGCCAUAGUGAGGUACUUUGUCUAAAUGAAUAACUAUGGACAAAGCCUGACACACUUUGAACGUGGUCUGAUCACAUUUCUGUUGUAUCAUUUUAAUAUUAUAUGUGGGGAGACAAGAAUGUUUUUUUUUCAUGAGUACUGUAUUGUAGAGAACUGGAAACAGACAUUUUAGCUAAACUCAUCUAUAUUCAUGGAGAGAAAAGCACAAAUAAGGGUGCGCCUAAGACAAGUAGAAUGAAUGUAUAAAAAUAUGUAUCAGAGAGUCCAAGCAGCGAUACCUAGAAAGUCCGAAUAUAAAUAAUCCACAUAUGCAGGAGGUAGUCCUAGUGCUACAUAAAAUGGUAUGUGAAGUGCCAGAUGUAUAUCCGCAGCUUCAAAAUGGAUAUGUGAAGAAAACAGAAGACAAGGGAAACUCCAAUGGUAUAGUAUGAACGGUAAAUAAUAUUGUAUAUAGAAUAGUAGAACUACUCACAAUAUUCAGAGCUUAAAUCCAGCUCUGGUGUAAAUGGCACGUAGUGGAAUAAUCCACCAAAUCAGAGGAGCACCGUAUAUCCUUGAGUGGGGAUUAUUCAACUACGUGCCAUUUACACCAGAGCUGGAUUUAAGCUCUGAAUAUUGUGAGUAGUUCUACUAUUCUAUAUACAAUAUUAUUUACCGUUCAUACUAUACCAUUGGAGUUUCCCUUAUCUUCUGUUUUCUUCACAUAUCCAUUUUGAAGCUGCGGAUAUACAUCUGGGACUUCACAUACCAUUUUAUGUAGCACUAGGACUACCUCCUGCAUAUGUGGAUUAUUUAUAUUCGGACUUUCUAGGUAUUGCUGCUCGGACUCUCUGAUACAUAUUUUUAUACAUUCAUUCUACUUGUCUUAGGCGCACCCUUAUUUGUGCUUUUCUCUCCAUUGUAUUCCAAGGGGCUUAGAGGGGAUUCCCCUUUUCCAUAGGUGUGCUGCCUUGCUGUCAUAUUCUCUGUUUUCCUAUCAGCGCUGAACCUCCUUCCUGAUCUCGAUUACAUUUCAUCUAUAUUCAUGGAUUUCAUAUUUUAGUCCUCAGUUUGCUAUAAUUUGGUGUGUAGGGAAUGAACUGAUGCAUGUUUUAUGGCAAGUGAUCUUUACAAUUGGUAGCCGUGAAAGCCACUCAAACUGGAAAUUCUGAUAAUAUAUCUUAAUGUAAAAAUAAAUAAAUUAAAAAACGCCAUAGUUCAAUUUAAAUGAAUUCAUGGCUUGACAGAGUGGAAUGGAUUCUCUUAGUUUGACGAGGAAUCUAAUACCUUGCUUUAUGGUGCUAUAUGAGGAGUUAUUGAAAGGCAGCUAACUAUGGUCAAUGACUAAACUAUGAAUUAUUGAGAGAUUUUAGGCCAAAACAGUUCAUUUGUAAAACGCUAAGCUCGGCUACUUUUCCUACUCAAACAGUUUGGCCUUCAUUUUGUAAUUUAUUGUCAUAUUUCUGUAUUUUUAGUUAAGGGAACAAGCGCAAGUGUUUUAUUUGUGUAGAAGAUAUUAAAACGAGAGGAAACCUAAUUUGUCCAGGCUUAACCCAAACCAAGUUUUUUUCACUAAAAGGAAUGAUUUGCUGUUUUGGUAUGGCUCCAAAUUGAAGUGUUUCUGGUAAUUAUGCAAAUAGGGACCCCCACCCUUGAUCAUAGAGUUGUCUGCCCCUGUUUGUUCCAAUUACAUAUAAUUUGUUUUUAGUAUUUUAUAGGCGUUCUGUGAUGAGUGAAAAGGAAAUAGAAUGGGCACUUUACAUUUAUCAUUAGAUGCCGUGAAUCAUUGAAAAUAGGUUCAGCAUGUUAGAAACAGCCAAGUAGCAUGUCUAGUUCGUGUUUUGUAUCUCCUGGGAUUUGGGGGACUGUCUGCAUACUGUUAAGUGUCAGUCUAUGCUAACAUCUUUACAAAAGAGAAUUAAGGAACCCUUGUGAAGUUGGAAACAUAAGAACGGGGUGUAACUAACUUAUGAAAUACUUAUAAAGGAAAAAAAGAACAGACCAACAAAGUAUCUAACCAUACAAAAUAAUAAAACAUAACUUUUAUUUGACGAUAUCAAUUUAAAAAAAAAACCAAGACAUAUCUCAAAUAUCUACAGUACAAUAAAGUUCUGAGCCACAAGAGAGAAAUGUCAUGCUGCUAUAACAAAAAGAAACAGAGGACACAAAGAAAGAAAAUAAAUAAACUAUACAGGAAAAACACAGUAUAUAAAGAGUCUAUUAGGCGAAACGCGUUGGCAACCCGGGUUACGUGUAUGCCGGGAUCAAGAAGAUAAUGUAAAGUUGUCAGUUUUUAGCUCCAUUUAGUUUGAAGAUUACGGCUAACUGUAGUCUCAUAUGAUAUGCAGUAGUCAGCACUGGAUUAAAUAGAAACUAGAUGCAUCAGUCUGAUCAACGUGGAUUAUAAUGAGAAAUCGGUGCCCUUCAAAGCACAGUGAUAGGGAAACGAAGUGAAGGCUGAUUUGGUGAUUUGAUUGGUGUUAUUUUCCUUUUUUUUGUUUUUUUUUGGUAGUUUUCUAUUAUUGAUCUUUAUUGGUCUACUUUGAGGAUACGUAAUGUUUAUUUUGAGUUAUUGCUCGUCUGUGUAUUCAUUAUAUAUUUACACUACUAUACAUAUUUAUUUUAGGUUUUAGUAGUGGAGAGUUACACUAUGGCUUAGGAAGUGUUACCGUGUGACUGUAGAUUGACAACCGUUUAGGUGACAGUCCAGUAUUUAACUAUUGCACAGUUUUAUACACCAAUAUCAAAAGAAAUGAAGGGUAUAAGCUUAUUAUUUUUAUAUUUUGAAUAUUGAUAAGUCACUGCUUUGUAGAUCUAGGUCUCCACAGCUAUUCGGUUGAUGAUCUUUACUAAAGGAGAUUAAAGGGACACUAUAGUUACCCAAACAACUUUAGCUUAGUAAAGUAGUUUUUGUGUGUAGUUGAUGUCCCUGCAGUCUCACUGCUCAAUUCUUAGACAUUUAGGAGUUAAAACACUUUGUUUCUACAGCCCUAGUCACACCUCCCUGCAUGUGACUCGCACAGCCUUCCUAAACACUUCCUGUAAAGAGUCAUUCAAUGUUUAUACUUCCUUUAUUGCAAAUUCUGUUUAGUUUAGAAUAUCUUAUUUCUUGCUCUGUUAAUAGCAUGCUAGACCCUGCAGGAGCUUAUGCAAUUAAAGUUCAAUUUACAGAACAGGAGGUAAAAACUUUUAGAGAGAGCUCAAAAUCCGACUUCAUGGCAUUUUUCUCUCCACACGUUCAUUCAAAGAUAUGAUUCAUAAACAAACACAGCACAGGAAUUUAACAUUCCAAACAAUGAUAUUCCUUCUACGGUUAAUUUGGGGACAUUCAUCAUAACUAGAUUCGCUACAUGUGCUUAGCACCACACAUGGAUUUGAUCAUCUGCCAUGUGGUAAAACCACUGUACUGUCCUUGUAUGUUGAAACAUCAACGUCCAUGGCUUCUGGAACUUCACAAACCAGGCUGCACAAAGCAUUUCCAGUGGUUGUUGAACAGUUUACAACAGAAACAAAGCGUUCAGGGACCACAUCUGUGACAUACUGAAUGAAAAAUUGAACAUUGAUCAGAAACAUUGAUAUUUGUGUGAUGUCUUUUUGAGUGGAGAACAUUCCAGCUUCUCUGAUCUCUUGUGCAAGGCCUUUCUUCAGCAGAAAGGAAUUCCCACCAAUUCUAGAGUUUGUUGUUUUUAAAAGCGGUGUAACCAUGCUGCCCCGUCCUUUAAUGCUCUUUAGAUCUUUGGAUGUUGUUCUUUAGUCUUCAGUAUGAUUUGUUAAAGGUGACUUUUUAGCAAAGGAUCCAAUUUACAAAGAAGAAGCAAAAUGUCAAUAAUAUCACAGUGGUACAACUUUUUAUCAUUAAAACUAUAAACUGCUCCUGUUGAAGCUCUAAAACUCAUUCCCAUUUGCCGAUUCAUUUUAUAAGUUCAACAACACGCUCCAGGGUGGCAAUGCUUUCUCGUCACUUCCACUUUCUGUAACAUUUUUUGUUUUCCAAAAAAAUUGCUGCCAAAAUCAAAACUUUUUGAUCUUGUUAAAAAGCAUUUUGAUGUUGUAUAAGGAAGGGUGCGUUCUUCAGCAGAACCGUUAACACACAUGCUUUUAUUGAUGGGAGAUAAAAACUUUAUUGAUGCAGAAAGAGGCUCCAUGUCCAUGUGGAUAACUGCAGUUUAAAGGUACAGCCUGAGAAUCCGAAACUAUUCUACCUGAUUUCCUUCAUCUUAGUUACUACAUUAUUAAUUUACUAUAACAAUGUUACUAUUUGUACCUGUAGUUUACUACUGUAUAAUCCAAAGGUGGGGACAUUUGGUUGGCAAUGUGAGACUUGACAAAUACAUUCAAAUUUGAGAUUUGAGUCAGGCAAACUACAUUUUGUAAUCCUCAGUUUCAGGCUAACCUAGAUCACUAUGUUCAGCUUGUGCUAAUGGGCAUACCUAAGGCUUGGCAAAACCAGCGCCCAUUGGGGACGCAGGGCGAGGGAGGACGGGGGUGCAAAAAUCCUUCAGUAUUAAUGUUAUAAGCGCUACCGAGGGCCGGUGCAACCAUAGGUUGGAACAGGCAGCUGCCUUAGGGUGCACCAGCCUGGGCACACAGGAUCCAAGUGAGCACAGCGCUCCCCAUCCAGUCAGUCAUUGUAUCAUGGCCAAGUCGGAGCUUCUGUUUCCCUCUACACAGUCUCACAGGAAGUGUGCUCAGGAAGUGCCAAAUAGCUUCCUGUCUGUCUGGAUAGAGGAAGCAGAAGCUCUUCCUUAUUGUAAGCCACGCUACAAGAGGAAGGUGAGCUGGCAUAGGUGGGCAAAAGGGGGUGAGGGAAGAGACAGACAGGGGCAAAAGAAACAGACAAGGGCUGGGGGAAGACGCCCAAAGGGGCUGGAGGGACCUCAAAAAGACUAAAAGGGGCUGGGACACACACAAAGAGACACAGACCAGCUGGGGGAGAAAGAUAUGAGGUGCUGAGGGGAGACACAGAGGGACUGGGGUGACAACGAAAUACAGAAGGGCUGGGGAAGGAGCAAAAGAGACACAUGUGGGCUAAGUGGGGAAAAGACUGGACUGGAGGGGCACAAAGGGGCUGGGGGAGAAAGAGACAAUGUUCUUUAUAAAUAUUAAAGACUCUUACAAUAUUUCUGUAACAGAUCCCCUAUACUCCGACUAAGUAUAUCUGUUAGUUACCUCCUGAAUCACAAGUGCUGCAGUGAUUAUAGCUCUCCUGUUUCCAGCAAAAUAUGGAUUAGAGCUCUCCAAUCCCUCAAACAUGAGCCUAGACUUCAUGAAGGAGUAAAACGGAUGUGUUUAAUGGGAGCCACACACAACCUUUUAUGUAACUCCCCAUGCAAGGGUUUUCCUUAAUCACAUUCCAGGGGCAUUCCCCUCUGGACCUGAGAGGAGACUAGUUACAAGCAAACAUUCCACACACUCCUCCCCUGUGCCUGAGUGAUAAUUAACUGAGCACACAAACAUAUCAUUAAAUUAUCUCUCAGUUACAAAAACAUCCAAUAAGAGAGAACCCCGAUCUGGGUGACCAACAUUUCCAAAAAUCACCCAGAUCGGUUCAGGGGUUCGUGAUUUUCAUGUAAGUCAAUUAUUUGACCGACUGUGCACAUGGUCCUAUGCCCAAAACACUUCCAGGAAAUCAGGGAUAACGGUCGGUCUCUUUCGGUAGCACAAAAGUACAUAGAAUACCAAAUGGAAUGCUUAAGUUACUUGUGUAGCCUGUUCCCCUUGUUCGUGGGAACGUUUCCACUGGACAGUGCCUUUCUAAGUGAAGUAGAACUGAAUGCAGGCGAUGAUGGAAGUCCAGCGGUGUUCGGGAGUUUCUGUGUCCGAUUUUAGUUCCCCCUAUUUUGUGUGUACCAGUGCUCUUUUCGUAUGAUGUUCGAGCAUUUGACACUAUUUCCUUCCAUAUUUCGUUUGCCGACCUAAUCAUUGAACACCGACCACCCUCCUGGCUUGUUAACUUGAAACAAACCACAAGAAUGCAGGUUCUCUUUGUGUGGCCGAACACCACGUGGUGGAGAAAACGGCGGCCAUCUUGUUGCACAAACGCAGUCAGCGGGACUUGGUCGUUGAGUGCCUGGAACUCUGAAGCGGCCACUCGACGACCCGAACACUGGUCAAAACACACAAACGCCUGCUUCUGGCUGCAACAAGCUAGGAGAACCUGGUUCGACGGUUUGUUCGACUAAAACUACCAAACCAUUCCUAUAAUAUGAGCCAGGGGAUUCAUUCACCUUUUUGUUGAUUUCACUACAUUCCGUUUGGAUGAAAACACACGAACUAGACCGACCCUUAUAGCUAAAAGCGUGGAACUAUUUCUGAACAGACUUAUUCAGAGCGGUCAGUCAAUUCCAUUAACCCCUUGGUGAUUCGACUGCGUUCGUAGAUACUGUGGGGGGUGUGUGUGUGGGGAGGGUAUAGUGAGGGCUCCCACUGUAACCAACACACACACACACACUGCCCCCCACUAUCACCAACACACAUACACUGCUCCCAUACACUGUCACCAACACAUACACUGCCCCCCUGCCAGCCUUCCUCCACUGCCCCAUGCCCUGUUAGCCUCUUCUAGACCCCCCACCCUGUCACCGUCUCACAAUCUGCUCCCCCCACACCAGCAGGUGUGAGUGACCUAUUAGUGUACAUUUAGGUCUCUGUACAGAAAUGGGUGCAUGUCUGUGACGGUCUGCUAAGGUAUCACAGUCUUGCAUACCCUUUUCCCAUAACAAUAUUACGCCAAUAAUCCACAGGUUCCAAUAUCGCUGGUGCCGCAUAAUAACCCACACAUAAGCCAAGGCUUAAUGCUUGGACAAGUCUGGUUUAAUGGAAAACAGGCAUUCAAUUUAUACAGUGCAUAAACUCCUCCUCUGAGCCAGAGAGAUAAUUGAGUCAGAGAAAAUACUAAACUCAAUUAUCUUCUGGUCAGAAAAAGUAAAAUUUUACACAACACCCUGAAAUACCCCCAGAAUACAUGGGAACCCCACAAAAGUCACAUCCUGGAUAGCCUGGAUCUGGGGGAACAAUAUAUAAAAAAAAUCAUCCAGAUCCGUUUGGUAGUUCGCGAACGGCACCGCAGGGAGAGUUGACCGGUCUGCCACGAGGUUGAAGCCGAGAAACAGUUCCAUGAAAAAAAUUAGCAAGAGCCGGUCUCUGUUCAUGGGGUUUUGUACAAAAACCACAGAAGAUAAUGUCAAGCUGGUUCAUGGAGAAUGCUCCCUGUGUUCGGUAUUCUGAAACUCCUGAACACCGUUCAUCUGAGUGAAUGGGUAGGGGAACGUAGAGGGGAUCCGUAAAGACCGGUGUGAGUGUGAGUGCCUUGCCGAAAACAGAUCCAGGCACUCAACGACCAAGUCCUGCAGGCGGCGUUCGGGAGACAAGAUGGCCGCAAUCCAUUGUUCCAACCACGUGUAUUCGUAUGCAUGAAAUGGCGGCCACCCAGGAGCAUUCAAUUAAUCAGCUGUUUUCCUACAAGAUACACAACAUUCUAAGUUCUAAUUAGUCUCUGGGGUGGUCUUGAUUCGGGAACCGAACAAAUUGACGAACGAACUGGAACAGGAUAAAAAAAGAAAACGUAAAUAGCCGAACAGUGACGGGGCAUGCCUUCACACUGCCCCUCCUUUUACUGCCUGCUCUGGCAGGCACGGUUGGACCUUUUUCGGGUCUAUUAGGGACUGUCCGGACUCUACAGUACUAGUUAAGGUAGCAACUUGGUCUGGCGAGAAAGUCCAUCAGCGUUCCCAUCAGUGGCGGAUCCAGGGGGGGGGGGGCAAUGGGGCAAUUGCCCCGAGAUUCUCCCCUGCCGGCUAGUUCAGGGCUGGCAUUGUCCAAGUGCCAGCCCUGUAAUGUGCCAGCGGACCAGGGAGGGAGAUCUCCCUCCCCGGUCCGCAGGCAAAGUGCUAACAGCUAGUGAGGGAGGGAGGGAGAGAGGACCCGGGAGCUCAGCCUGCAGCUCCUCCGGGUUCUACUCUCGCAAGCACGGAGCAUUGCCACGAUUACCACGGCAACGCUCCAAAUCUCGCAAGAGUUAACUCUAGCCCUGGAGCUACGGGCUAGAGUUCACUCUCACCACUGGAACCACCAGGGAUUUCCCCAUUGGACCACCAGGGAUCCAGAAAAUCCCCCCUCCUCCACUGCCACACAUACAGACACACUGCCCCACAAACACUGCCACCCAUACACACACACUGCACACCCAUACACACAUUUCCCUCCACACACAUGGCCCCCUCCAUACACAUGGACGAUAAAGCGUUUGUUAGGAUCUGGGGCAGCUAAGACAGGUGCAUUAAUAAGAGCUUGUUUCAGAGCCUGGAAAGCCACCUCACACUCCAGGGACCACAGGACCUGUUGGGGUAACUUCUUCUUAGUCAAGUCAGUCAGGGGUUUGGCCAUGGCGCUAUAGUCUGGUACAAAGCGCCUGUAAUAGCCGGCUGUCCCUAAGAAGGCCAUGACUUGCAUCUUAGUACGGGGAGUGGGCCAAUUAGCAAAGGCUUCAACCUUGGCAGGCUCUGUGCGUUGCUUACCACAUCCUACACGGUGGCCCAAAUAUUGUUCUUCUGCCAUAUCAAUGUGACACUUGUCAGGCUUCAAGGUUAAGCCAGCUCCCCUAAUUCUGUCCAACACUGUCCCUAUGUGGUAUAGGUGAACCUCCCAGGUGUCGUCCAGGUAUGCAUGGGCAUAGUCCUGGAGACCAUCUAGACAGCAUUCCACCAUCCGCUGGAAGGUGGAUGGGGUGUUCUUCAUCCAGAACGGCAUAACCCGAAACUGGUAUAAGCCGAACCGGGUGAUGAAGGCCGACUUAGUGAUGGCUUCUGUGGCUAAGGGGAUCUGCCAAUAUCCCUUGCAAAGGUCGAUAGUGGUCAGAUAUUGUCCCUUAUAUAUACGGUCGAGCAGUUUAUCCACCCGGGGCAUUCGGUAGGCGUCUGUUACCGUUUUAUCAUUGAGCCGCCUGUAGUCGACCCAAAAACGGGUCGUGUCGUCCUGUUUUAGCAACAAAACCACAGGUGACGCCCAAGGACUCUCAGAGAGUUCAAUUACCCCUAAACAAAGCAUCUCAUUUAUCUCUUUUCGCAUCCCUUCCUUUACAGCUUCUGGAAUGCAGUACGGGGGUUGUCUCAAGGGAGCCUGGCCUGGGGUCUCUACUUUAUGAACCACUAAUGGAGUAUACCCAGGUUCCUGAGAAAACAUGGCUUGUUUGGUUCCCAGAAGGUGGGUUGUUUGGGCCCAUUCUUGUGGCCCUAGCUGUUCCCCCAAUUUUACCAACUCUAUAGCCCUUGUUACCGGGUCACCUCCUAACAUGUGUAGUAAGGGAAAGGCUUCCGGAUUCUCACAUGCAGGGGCAAAUACUGCAGUCACUUCUUUGGCCCUUUCCUUAUAUUCUUUGAGCAUGUUGAUAUGAAACAUCCGUUUCACAGCUUCUUCCUUGCAACUAGCCAAUACGUAGGUGGUAUUACACACUUGCCCAAUGAUCUUGUAUGGACCUUGCCAGGUGGCCUGAAGCUUAUCUUGUCGGACUAGUUUGUGAACCAUAAACUUUUGUCCGACCUGGAAGCUACGGUGCCUGGCUCUCCGGUCAUACCAUACCCGCUGGCGCUGCUGGGACGCCUGGAGGUUCUCCCGUACUGCCUGAGCCAAUUCCUCCAUUCGGUCCCUUAGCUCCAACACAUAAGGUACAAUUGGAUCUCUGUCUCCCCCUCCCAGUGCUCCCUAAUAAGGUCUAGGGGCCCUUUCACGCGCCUCCUGUACAGUCACUCAAAGGGCAAAAAUCCUGUGGAUUCCUGCGGCACCUCCUGGUAGGCAAAAAGAAGGUGCGGUAGGAACCGUUCCCAGUCAGUCUAGGAUGGUACGGGGAGCUCGUCAGGGGUUUCCAUAUUUGUUGGAUUACUUCUGCAAUGAACUGAGUACCCUUGUCAGAUAGAAUCUCCUUGGGAAAUCCCACUUGAGAGAAAAUCUUGAUCAGGGCAUCAGCCACCGUCUCUGCCUGGAUAUUGGAGACCGCUACGGCCUCCGGGUAUCGGAGGCGCGUGAGGGGACCCCUAGACCUUAUUAGGGAACACUGGGAAGGUUAGACAGAGACCGAGGGGACCCCAAUUGUACCCUAUGUGCUAGAGCUGAGGGACCUUAUAGAGGAAUUCGUUCAGGCAGUACGGAAGAACCUCCAGGCGGCCCAGCAGCGCCAGCGGGUAUGGUAUGACCGGAGAGCCAGACACAGUAGCUUCCAAAUCGGACAAAAGGUUAUGGUUCUCAAGCCAGUCUGACAAGAUAAGCUCAAAAUUUUUCAAAUUAAAUGGUAGCAUAAGGAACAGUAUGCAAGGGCUGUAAUAAGGGUUCCCCUCCAGGAGGGUUGAGUGGCUUCUGACUAUGGGUCGUAGUAGAGGGUGUUACUCCACUGGAAGGAACUGCCACUCUCCCAGUGUUGCCUGCAUAAGUGGAGAAUAUAUCACGAAGUGCCAAGUGAGGGGGGGUUCAUACGGCAGAAUUCGUGUCGUGAGUGUCGGCUAUCUGCUCAGAGCCUCUGUGAGGCCCUGUGUAAAUGUCUAGGGUGGUGCAUGACAGGUCGACUUCUCCUGUCGGAGUAUAUAGGAAGCCAUUAAAUCAUAGAUAAGUAAAACCAAUAAUUAAAAGCAAUGUAAAAAAACAACAAAUACAAAUCAUUAAUAUCGUCUAACUUUGCCGCUGUUGAUAGCUGCUAUUAAGAAAACUUCUGCCUGUAGGUAAAACAUUUCCUAGUCGGACGGUUAAGUCCUGGGUGGCUCGUGGCCGUUCAACUCUCUGAAUGCUCCCUGCAUAAGGGGAUAGUGGCUGGUGAAUCGCACUCGCCUACCAGUGCUUCACUAUGACAGCAUUGGAUUGGCUGAGAUAAUCAGGUUUUGUGGAGAAGCUAAAUACCAGUCUUGCACACUUUGCAGCACUGGCCCAGGAAUCACCUCUAGUGACCGUAUGAGUGACUACCACUAGCGGUGUUACUAGGCAGUAUUUACAUUAAAAAGCCUGAAGGGACAGAAUGUAGACACCAGAACUACAUCAAGCUGUACUUGUUCUGGUGACUAUACUGUCCCUUUAAUUGGGACAUAAUUUUAUUUCAUACAUUGUCUACUUUAAUGGUCAUUUCCUUUCUCUUUUUACACUAUUAUUGCAAUCUUUGAGUUUAGGAACUUAGAUUGAAAACUUGUGUAUACAUGCAGACUGGCAACCUUCGGCACUCCAGAUGUUUUGGACUACACCUCCCAUGAUUCUUUGCCAGCAUUAUGGGUGUAAGAGCAUUAUGGGGCAUGUAGUCCACAACAUCUGGAGUGCCAAAAGUUGCCUAUCCCUGGUAGUUAUAGCAACCCCUAGGCUGCAGCUACUUUGGUCUGGCUGCAUAUCUGUGAUUACUUUGAUUUCUUGCAUAGAACAUCGAUAUCCUAGUUAUUUUGAUUUGAUAGCCUUCCUUUCAAUGUGUUUGAUAUCUCUUGUUGAGCUAUAGGUUUCCAGCAGUAAUCGGAAUAGUUUGCUAUUAGUUUGGUCUGGCUGGGUAUUCCAUAGUACUUUGACUAUUUAAUCAGGUAUCGGGAGCCAGGUGACUUCAUAUCUCUGGGAUUGCUUCCACAGAACCUUUAAAUCCCGAGCUCUAUUAAUUCCAAUAACAUCAUAGGACAAUGGGUAUGGGAGCUGGUCAACGAGCUGAUCAGAAUUUAAGGAUCAGUUUAAUUUUCCUUAUUAAUGUGUUUACAUUGCUCAUUAUUUGGGCCCCAUUACAUGGGAUUUUCAUUGUCCUCAGGUACCAUUACACAUAUUUUGUAUAUCUGUUACUCAGGGAUUGCAUUUCUCCCAGGGCCCAUUGCUCAGGGAUUGCAUUUCUCCCAGGGUCCAUUGCCCAGGGGUUGCAUUGCUCCCAGGGCCCAGUGCUCAGUGGUUGCAUUGGUUCUGGGGCCCAUUACCCAGUGGUUGCAUUGGUUCUGGGGCCCAUUACUCAGGGGUUGCAUUGCUCCCAGGGCCCAUUGCUCAGGGAUUGCAUUUCUCCCAGGGUCCAUUGCUCAGGGGUUGCAUUGCUCCCAGGGCCCAUUACUCAGGCAUUGCAUUGCUCCCAGGGCCCAUUACUCAGGGGUUUCAUUGGUUCCGGGGCCCUUUAUUCAGGGAUUACAUUGAUCCCAGGUCCCAUUACUCAGGGAUUGCAGUGCUCCCAGGACCAAUUGCUCGGGGAUUGCAUUGCUCCCAGGGUCCAUUGCCCAGGGGUUGCAUUGCUCCCAGGGCCCAUUGCUCAGUGGUUGCAUUAGUUCUGGGGCCCAUUACUCAGUGGUUGCAUUGGUUCUGGGGCCCAUUACUCAGUGGUCGCAUUGGUUCUGGGGCCCAUUACUCAGGGGUUGCAUUGCUCCCAGGGCCCAUUACUCAGGGAUUGCAUUGCUCCCAGGGCCCAUUACUCAGGGGUUUCAUUGGUUCCAGGGCCCAUUAUUCAGGGAUUACAUUGAUCCCAGGUCCCAUUACUCAGGGAUUGCAGUGCUCCCAGGACCAAUUGCUCGGGGAUUGCAUUGCUCCCAGGGUCCAUUGCCCAGGGGUUGCAUUGCUCCCAGUGCUCAGUGGUUGCAUUGGUUCUGGGGCCCAUUACUCAGUGGUUGCAUUGGUUCUGGGGCCCAUUACUCAGGGGUUGCAUUGGUUCUGGGGCCCAUUACUCAGGGGUUGCAUUGCUCCAAGGGCCCAUUACUCAGGGAUUGCAUUGCUCCCAGGGCCCAUUGCUCAGGGGUUGCAUUGCUCCCAGGGCCCAUUGCUCAGGUGUUGCAUUGCUCCCAUGGCCCAUUACUCAGGGAUUGCAUUGCUCCCAGGGCCCAUUACUCAGGGAUUGCAUUGCUCCCAGGGCCCAUUACUCAGGGGUUUCAUUGGUUCCGGGGCCCAUUAUUCAAGGAUUACAUUAAUCCCAGGUCCCAUUACUCGGGGAUUGCAGUGCUCCCAGGACCAAUUGCUUGGGGAUUGCAUUGCUCCCAGGGUCCAUUGCUCAGGGAUUGUAUUUCUCCCUGGGUCCAUUGCCCAGGGGUUGCAUUGCUCCCAGGGCCCAUUACUCAGUGGUUGCAUUGGUUCUGAGGCCCAUUACUCAGUGGUUGCAUUGGUUCUGGGGCCCAUUACUCAGGGGUUGCAUUGCUCCCAGGGCCCAUUACUCAGGCCUUUGUUACACACAGUUCUCAUUGGUCCCAGGCCUUUGUUACACACAGUUCUCAUUGGUCCCAGGCCAUUGUUAAACACGGUUUUCAUUGAUCUCAGGCCUUUGUUAAACACGGUUUUCAUUGCUCUCAGGCCUUUGUUAAACACGGUUUUCAUUGCUCUCAGGCCUUUGUUAAACACGGUUCUCAUUGCUCUCAGGCCUUUGCUACACACAGUUCUCAUUGCUCCUGGGUCCGUUAUAUACAGUUCUCAUUGCUCCUGGGUCCGUUAUAUACAGUUCUCGUUGCUCCUGGGUCCGUUACAUACAGUUCUCGUUGCUCCUGGGUCCGUUACACAGAGUAUACGGAGAGAGCAGAGAAUGACUCAUACAUUUGCUGCUUGUUGUUUUCUUUCACAGAUGGCUUUAUCCUCAUUUGAAAUGAUUUUUUGGUUGUGAGUCAUGGUGUUACAUAGAGAGUUACUACCCCCCCCACCCAUCACAAGCUCACGUUUGGCGUUUGUGACUCAUUGCUGUGAUCUGCAGGAAACAUAUGAGCUGGAGAAAAAGACAGAGGAAUGCAGGGAAUGGGAAUCUCUACAAUAUGGGACAGACCUAUACCUCGCAUGGCCAACAAGGAGGUAUGCAGUGCAUGGGGGGAGCCCUGGGGUUAUAUAGGGAGAGUUAUAUGGAGUAAUAGGAGGAGUUAUAGGGAGAGUUAUAUGGAGUAAUAGGAGGGGUUAUAGGGAGGGUUAUAUGGAGUAAUAGGAGGAGUUAUAGGGAGAGUUAUAUGGAGUAAUAGGAGGUGUUAUUGGGAGGUUAUAUGGAGUAAUAGGAGGAGUUAUAGGGAGGGUUAUAUGGAGUAAUAGGAGGAGUUAUAGGGAGGGUUAUAUGGAGUAAUAGGAGGGGUUAUAGGGAAGGUUAUAUGGAGUAAUAGGAGGGGUUAUAGGGAGGUUAUAUGGAGUAAUAGGAGGAGUUAUAGGGAGGGUUAUAUGGAGUAAUAGGAGGGGAUAUAGGGAGGAUUAUAUGGAGUAAUAGGAGGAGUUAUAGGGAGGGUUAUAUGGAGUAAUAGGAGGAGUUAUAGGGAGGGUUAUAUGGAGUAAUAGGAGGUGUUAUAGGGAGGUUAUAUGGAGUAAUAGGAGGGUUAUAUGGAGUAAUAGGAGGAGUUAUAGGGAGGGUUAUAUGGAGUAAUAGGAGGAGUUAUAGGGAGGGUUAUAUGGAGUAAUAGGAGGUGUUAUAGGGAGGUUAUAUGGAGUAAUAGGAGGAGUUAUAGGGAGAGUUAUAUGGAGUAGUAGGAGGGGUUAUAGGGAGGGUUAUAUGGAGUAAUAGGAGGAGUUAUAGGGAGGGUUAUAUGGAGUAAUAGGAGGGGUUAUAGGGAGGUUAUAUGGAGUAAUAGGAGGAGUAAUAGGGAGGGUUAUAUGGAGUAAUAGGAGGAGUUAUAGGGAGGGUUAUAUGGAGUAAUAGGAGGAGUUAUAGGGAGAGGUUAUAUUGAGUAAUAGGAGGAGAUAUAGGGAGGGUUAUAUGGAGUAAUAGGAGGAGAUAUAGGGAGGGUUAUAUGGAGUAAUAGGAGGAGUUAUAGGGAGGGUUAUAUGGAGUAAUAGGAGGAGAUAUAGGAAGGGUUAUAUUGAGUAAUAGGAGGGGUUAUAGGGAGGUUAUAUGGAGUAAUAGGAGGAGUUAUAGGGAGAGGUUAUAUGGAGUAAUAGGAGGAGUAAUAGGGAGAGGUUAUAUGGAGUAAUAGGAGGAGUUAUAGGGAGGGUUAUAUGGAGUAAUGGGAGGGGUUAUAGGGAGGUUAUAUGGAGUAAUGGGAGGGGUUAUAGGGAGGUUAUAUGGAGUAAUGGGAGGGGUUAUAGGGAGAGUUAUAUGGAGUAAUGGGAGGAGUUACAGGGAGGGUUAUAUGGAGUAAUAGGAGGGGGUAUAUGAAGUAAUAGGAGUUAUAGGGAGUAAUUGGAGGAGUUAUAAAGAGGUUUAUAGGGAGUAAUAGGAGGAGUUAUAGGGAGGUGUUAUACGGAGGUUUAUAGGGAGUAAUGGGAGGGGUUAUAUGGAGGUGUUAUACAGAGGUUUAUAGGGAGUAAUAGGAGGAGUUAUAGGGAGGGUUAUGUGGAGUAAGAGCAGGAGUUAUAGGGAGGGUUAAAUGGAGUAAUAUGAGUUCUAGGGAAUAAUAGGAGGAGUUAUAAAGAGGUUCAUAGGGAGUAAUAGGAGGAGUUAUAUGGAGUAAUAGGAGGAGUUAUAGGGAGGAGUUAUAUUGAGUAAUAGGGAGGUGUUAUACGGAGGUGUAUAGGGAGUAAUGGGAGGGGUUAUAUGGAGGGUUUUAUUGGCUAAUAGGAGUUAUAUGGAGGUGUUAUAGGAAGGGUUAUAUAGAGUAAGCAGAUGAAUUAUGCAGAAUUUUCCAUGAAGUAAUUAAUUGCUAGGUGGCUGAUUAUUUGAAGGUGGGUUAAUAGGAGGGUGUAGAGCGAUGAGUUAUAAUAUAGAAUGAUAGGAUGAGCCAAAGACCGUUUUGUAGUUGCAGUACAGGACGUGUGAUGUGUGAGGUUGAUUUCUGAUAUUAGGGGUUAACCGAGCCCGCGGUUUGUGUUACCAAGUUACAAGGUUGUAAAAGCUGAAAUUAAAAUGCAUUUCCUGCCCCUUCCUCUUUCUCUUCCAUGUUAUACGGUUGACUCGUGGCCCUGCAGGUGCUCGCUUCUCUGCCACAGAUCUGCUGGGGAUUAUCACACAUUUUCACCAGAUUAUUUCCUGUCUGCUAGAAAAGGCGAGCUUAUCUUGUUCACCGAAACGUCCUGAACGCCGCCAAUCCCGCACCUCGGUUAGAAUCAUGUGCAAUGUUUGGAGUAAGACUUAAUGGACGUAUCAUUAAUCUACAUUCGCCAUGCAUUCAGUGAUUUCAUUCAGACUCCAUCUCACAGGACCCCCUCCGGUGGAAAGGUGAGUACGUAGAGAAGUGUCUUUUUAAAUGCUGUAUUCCAUCCGUGGCUGCAGAGCCCACACAAUGUUCCAUACAUAUAUUAAACCUUAAUAUUAAGCAGCAUGUCACCUCACAGAUCUACAGCAUCAUGUUGCUCAAUUCUUUCUUAUUAAUAUGGUUUCCCAGAGCUUUCAGCGUGAAACACAAAGUUCUGUAAACGGGAAGUGGCAAACUUUGAUGCAAAUAUCGUCUGAUUCAUCCUCUCCGUUCUGCUUGCUGUAUCUGAUGGGUGAAUUUUGCACAGAAAUAAAGUGUAAAAUACUGUAUUAUUGUUCAAGCAAAAAACAAUCAUUACACAUGGAACAUUAGCUUCAAAACAGAAUUUGUACUGUUUCGUGCCAUUUUCCCCACUUUUUUUUAGUCUUACACGACACGAGGGGUAUGCAGUAUUCUAUAAUAUACAAAAGGUUUCCAUAGCAUUGUGUGCAUGUCCUAUAAUCUUAUUACAUGUUUAAAUCACACAAUGCUGAGUGCUAUUUAAUAUCAUAUUACAUGUUUAUAUAGGUGUAAGGUGCUUCUGUUUGAUAUUAAACUACAUCUUUUUAACAUCUAAUCAUUCAACACAAUCAAAAUAUUUAAAAUUGUUACUCUUUAGACUUUGAAACGGUCAAUGAAACAUGAUCCUUCCUCGAGCUUUGUACGUGCAUAUUAAGCCACUGCUAUUGAUUUGAAACAGGUUGUAGGACCCUCGUAAAAGAAAAUGUAAAGACAUCUAAAAAGAAAUGGUGGCCCUACCCAUUCGGUAUAAACAGGAAUUUAUUUACUAGGUUAAGAAUCGCAGAGAACCGACAUGGGAACUGCAAUUAAACACCAAAAUAGCUGUACUCUAAAAAUUUCUGAGUUGGAGAAUGAGUCCAGUUAAUUUAUUUUGGACUGUAAUUUGGAAACUUUCGUCAGUUCUUUACAAUUCCUUGUUUAGUGAAUAAAGCAGUGAGUGUGAGACGAUCUCAUUGAACGAGUAUUCACCUGGAACAUGAAGCGCUGUGCAGUUACAGGUUAUACUGAAAAUCUACAAUAUGGAAUUAAAGUAUUCAUAUUUUAUAUAUCUUCAUACUGAACCAAGGUUUCAUUCUGGUCCACCAACUCUAAGCCCUUAUUCCAAAGCCUGCUCUGACUGUAAACGUGGACAGAUAGUAAAAAAAGUGAGAUUUAUUUUUCCGUUUGACCCAGUUUCUCCUGUAUCUGGAGCUGCUAGCUAGAUUUAAACGGAGAGCCAACCAUCACGCAGAACUUGUAAUCACAGUUACUUCUAUAAUACUCAGGUCACAGGAGCAUUAGUCCCCAAACCCUUUUAUUCUGGUUGAAAAAUAAAUUUUGAAGUGUGCGUGAUGCGUUUCAAGCCUUAAAAAAACAAACACUCUUAUUCAUGAACUGAUUCUUUCAGUCUGCGUGUUCUAAGCUAGUUAAUUCAAAUGCUGUUUGUAUUUUUCAUGAGAUGAGUGAAGUUGCUUUUUGAAUUUCAUUUUUCUUGGCCUGUGUAUAAAAGUAGCAAUAAAUUGUUAUAUAAAGUCUUAAUUUCUUACACUAUGCCAAACAUACACUCAACCCCUGAGUCUGAUCACCUACAGUCAUGGGGAAAAGAAAAUACACCCUCUUUGAGUUCUAUGGUUUUACACAGGGGUCAAGUAAUGGGGAAUAAAGUGUGGGAACUCAUACAUACAUACAGACGAAUACACUCACAGACACACAUUCACAGAAACACACACAUACACACAAAUUAUUCAUAUUUUUAAAAAAUGUCCACCCAGCUUCUCUACCUGGAAUGCGCACGCAUUCAGCCGGUCACAUAGGAAAGCAUUCACAAUGCUUUCCUAUGGACGCUUGCGUGCUCUCACUGUGAAAAUCACAGUGAGAAGCACGCAAGCGCCUCUAGUGGCUGUCAAUGAGACAGCCACUAGAGGACUAGGGGGAAGGCUUAACCCAUUCAUAAACAUAGCAGUUUCUCUGAAACUGCUAUGUUUAUGAAAAAAUGGGUUAACCCUAGCUGGACCUGGCACCCAGACCACUUCAUUAAGCUGAAGUGGUCUGGGUGCCUAGAGUGGUCCUUUAACACAAUGCCAAUGAGGAAAAACAUCAGGGAGAGGAAUCAGCAGUAAUGCGGCGGGUUACUCAACGUAUUACAGGAAUUUGAUUUUUGUUAAAUAAAUCAUGGCACGGUGUAAUAUGUCAUGUGUUCUUGUUCAUCUGAGAUUGUAUUUACCUAAUUUUGAGACCUUCUAAGGGACAGAUGAUUGUUAUUAUGUAUUGACAUGUAAAACCAUAGAAUUCAAAAAGGUUCCAAAUUCUUUAUUUUUCCCAUGACUGUUUAUUAUACCUUUCUCCCUUUCACUAGACCCUCACCUUUUACACAGGACCCUCACCUUUUGUAUGCAUUCCUGUAUGGUGAUGUAUUUGAUGAUUUCCGCACGGUUCAUACAUUAUAUAAGAUUUUUGAUCUGACAAUGUGCUUACACUUAGUUGGCCCAUUCCAGGUGUUUUUUUUCCCCAGUUUCCAGAGCCCCUUUCUGAGAAUCAGUUUAGAUAUUUAAAUAUGAAGGCCCCCACCAAUCCCUCAGUAUAGUUGUUCUAACCCUUUGAAACGUAUCCCCUCAAAGAGAAAUGCUAAGUGACAAAUCAUUCAAGAAAGAUUCCUGCGUGCUGUCUGUGGUGCUGGUUGUUCUGUAAGUGUAAGUGUAACGAGAUCUUAUCUGAGGAGCUCACUGCAUGACUGCAAAUGAUCUAGGAUCAUGGAUUACGUGGAGCAAAGCUGACAUAAUACUAGCUAAGGGAAUUAAAAUUUAAUCUACGUCUGAGCCAAAUGGAACAAUUUUUACGCCAAGAGUCGAUGUAAAAACACUGCAUAACGUGUUAUACACAUAGCUUAUCAAAGGUGAAAUAUGGAACCCAGGGUGGAAUGUUAUCGGUUCUCCUAAGAACAUGCUUUUAAUGGUAGAAAAAUAUUUAAAACAAUAUUAUCAUACAGGUCUGAGAUUACCUGGGCCCUUUCACCCACUGAGAACCUAAUACUGCUGUCUCCAAAGUCUCUUGGCUCGUUGCAAGGAUGCAAUGGAUAUUCUGCAGCACAGUGCCUCAUGUUGGGUCUGCAAUUGAUAUUUAAUACAGUCCCAGAUUGGGAAAAGUAUUAACCAGCUGCUAAACCUAACCUGUAAAAUUUGGCAACACUAAUAAACAAUGCUUUAGCCUGUACUAAAGUCAUUAAUUUGGCUUACUGAUAACAAACCAAGUUUUUCCUCAUUAUGGCUGUCAUCUUACCCUUAACCCUAAAACCAGGAACCUGGUAGAAUGAUACCAGAUUUAAGUACUACGUCAAUUAUGCAUCAUAUAUGAUGGCAACAAAACGUGCCAUUUCCAGUGUGCUCUGUUCCUGUUUAGGAAACUAAACAACCCACAAAAUAAAUAAUAUAGCUCAUUGGUCAUGUCCAUAUGUUUUUUAAACCCUUAGAUCCACUUUUAGAUAAUUGACUGCAGUAGAAACGGGAGACAGAUCAUGAAAUGAGUAUUCUUGAUAAGAGCACACUUAAAGGAUCACUAUAGGGCCAGGAACACAAACAUGUAUUCCUGAGCCUAUAGUGUUAACACCACCAUUUAGCCCCUCAUGCCUCCAUAAAUAUAGCAAAAUCUUACUGUAUUCAAGCCUGAAGCUGUAACUCUGCAUGCUGUUAGACUCAGAAAACGAGCAGUCUGCUGACAUCAUCAGAAGUGGUAGCCUGAUCCAAUCACAAUGCUUCCCCAUAGGAUUGGCCGAGACUGACAAAGAGGCAGAUCAGGGGCAGAGCCAGCACAAUUUAAACACAGCCCUGGCCAAUCAGCAUCUCCUCAUGAGGAAAGUUCAAUGUCUGCAUGCAGAGGGAGGAGAUAAUGAAUGUUUGGAUGCAUUUUAGGGAGCCAUGACCCAGGAAGGAUCUGUAACAGCCAUCUGAGGAGUGGCCAGUGAAGUUAUCACUAGGCUGUAAUGUAAACACUGCAUUUUCUCUGAAAAGACAGUGUUUACAGCAAAAGGCCUAAAGGUAAUGAUUCGAGUCAAUAGAACAAAUUCAAUAAGCUGUAGUUGUUCUGGUGACUAUGGUGUCCCUUUAAUCAUUUAAAAAGAACAAUUUGGGAAUGUGAUGGAAGCGCCACUACCACUGACUUGUGGAGAGGCUUGAAGGCCAGCUUCCGGACCCAAGAGCCCCCGAAAUUGGCUAUUUUCACUGUGGGGAGAGAUAUGGGGGCCGUGGAUGCUAAUUUUGCUUCUCAGACAGCAUUGGGGACCUCUGGGGAUUACCAGGACUCUUCUUAAACCUUGAGGGCCUGACCGGGAAAUAACCUGAAUCUUUUUGGAACUGUUCAUUAGAUCGGGACUGUGCCUCAAUCUGGUGAAUCUUUAAUUGGGUGUUCAGUAAAACUUUAACACGCUGUAGCUUGGGCAUGAAUUCUCCAAUCAGGGCACUAUUUUUACAAUAAGGGCACUUAGUGAGGAGCUAUCGAGGGAUAUAUAAUGUGUACUGUUCAGAGAAAUAAGGUUCUGGAGGGCAUUUUUUACCUCUAGAUCUUUGAGGGCACAGCAGGGAGCCUUUUGUGUUAACUGGAGAUGGUGGCUGGGAGAUACUAUUGUACUGUGCAUUGCAUUGUAUGUAGGACCCCAGCAUUGUUGUGUGUAAUACAGAUCAUUCUUCCCCUCUACAUUCAGUCUUGAAUAAUGUAUGGAGGAAAAGCUGCAAUCGCUGCUUUACAGGAGAGAAGGUCUCCAGAGGUAAAACCACUGCAGCCUGGUCUAAUGGAAGAGGUUCUCAGAGACCCCAGUAAGGCUUCUAGAUCUGAAGCACUAUAGAGUCCCUGGUAGCAUGGAGGAAAAUGAUGUGGCGGAGGUACUCAGUCGGGGUACAGGAGCUCUGUCACAGGGAAUCACUACCCUGAAAUCUAAUAUAAACUAAUCAAUACUUAUGCCAAGUAAAUGAUCUGGAUAUUUAAUUGCAUCAUAUGUCCAUUAGGUGUUAAGUCCACCACAAUAUCAAAGAACCCCAAUAUUAGUGGGUCCCAAUCUUGUUUCAACAUGGCUCAAUAUUAGUUUACUGUCUGUGUUAACCCUUUCAAUGCCCAAAUUCAGUUAAACCUUUUGCCCCCUGUAGUGGACCACCAGUAACCCGACUGGUUACCUCCGCUAAUUCCUUCCUUCAGCCACUCUGGAACCAUUAAAGCAUACAGACAUCCAUUCCCCCAGUAACCAGACGAAACAUAGUUCUGGGAGUCAACUGAGGUUUAUUGGAACACACACGUCUUUUAUGCACAGAUCCCUACAUGGGGUUUCCCAUACAAUAAUACAGGGGUUUUCCUCUACAGAAAAAUAUACAAUAUUCUAAAACAUUGCAAAAAUACAUUUUAAAAGGGGCUAAUUUGAUUGCAUGAGAGGUGAGAGCCUACAAUCGAAAUUCCUCUUUGAAGCUGGGACCCCAACUGAGCCACUCUGCAAGUUGUAAGAACUAAAACUUACCCACAGAUUAAUAACCAAGCCUCAUUUAUAUUACAUUCAGAAUGGGACAAGCACAUUCUUCUAAUCAAGCCCAAACAUGAUUUGCGAACAAGGGGAAAAAACAUACGAAUGAAUAGUAGUUCUGCCACACAGUUCCCCCUUAACCACAAGCCAGCAUACACAGUCGGAUCGGCUUGGGGAUAUCUGUGAAGUACGGCUGUCCAUACAAUCAGUGCUGGUGUUUCCCUAGGGCUCACAGCACAGCAAGGCAUUCUUGUUUGAUGGUGCUGUCGCGCUCCUUUCUGGGUCAAAGUUUCCUGUUCAGAUGCGACAUCAUCUCUGACCUGACUUAAUACCGCACCCCAUCCAAACAUUCAAGCGCCUGGACCUCAGAAUGUAAGUAAGUCUCCGUGAUAUGGGCCUGGGAUCAGGGACGGCAGGAACGCUGAGGUCAACUGGCCUAGGUCAUUCCCCAGUAAGCCGUCGGUGGGGAGAUCCUGUAUUAAUCCCAAAUCAAUCAGACCUGAUCCGACACCCCAAUUCAAGUGGACCCUCGCAGUGGGUAACCCGUGUACUGCUGCCCGUACCCUAUGCAUUUUGGAGCAUGAAAUAUAAUCCAUGAAACCUCACUCACCCUCAUUUAUACUCUUUAAUGAUUGCCAGUAUGUAGAGGAACAUAUUUAUCUGCCAGAAGCCACUAGUCACUGAUAUAAUGCCUGUAAAGUUUCAGAAAAUUUCAGCUUACCUCUUUCAAUCAGUUUAGGAGGUUUCAAUGGGUGAUAACACUCCUACUAUUAGAGGUGAGGGACAGUGAAUGGAUGCUAUCAUUUCAGUGUCAGCAUAACAUUAGCAUUCCAGAGUUUGACAAAGAUUGCUAUAGCACAGUGGUUCCCAAACAUUUCAGGUUCAAAGCACCCUUAAUAUUUUAAUAUUUUUCCAAGGCGCCCCUGUAGCUGAGCUAGAAUAAUAAAAUCCACAAGUCUCCACUGAUCUUCUAUAACGCAGGAAAAAUAGCGUUGUUCAACAGAUAUACCCAAUUCCCCCAGUAACCGGACGACACAGUUCGGUGAGUCAACUGAUUUUUAUUUAGUCACAGCAGGCUUUUAUGCCCAGUCCCCUACACGGGGUUUACAAAAUAGGAAAGGUCUCAAUCCCAGAAUUCUCUGUGCCUGAGAGAUAAUUGCGUGAGGAGAUUCCUUUAAUUGAAUUAUCUCUCAGGUACAGAAAAUCCCACAAAAUCUACUGUACCCCAAAAGUGUCCCCACCGUCCACAGGAACCCCACAAAAAGUACAUUCCCAGAUAGUCCUGAUCUGAGGGUACAAAAUAUCCAGGAAUCACUCAGAUCGGUUUGGUGGAACGGAAAUACCAUCAAAGUAAAGUUUUUACUGGCCAGACCCGAGGCGUUAGCCCAUAAAAAUUCCAGGGAAAUAGGUGUCCUGGCUGGUCUCUGCUCGUGGGGUUCCAGUGCGAACACCAUACAAGGGAAUAUCUUGUUUUCAGGAUACGAAUGUUCCCCCUGUUCGGUAGUUUAUAUUUCCCGAAAGUCGUUCAUGUGGAUGAACUGGAAUGGGCAGUGGUCGAAGGUUUACCGGUGUUCACGUGAGUGCCUAGCCGAAAAGAGUUCCAGGCACUUGAUGACCAAGUACCGCUGCCCUCGUUCAGGAGACAAGAUGGCCGCCAUUCCCUCUCUGCCACGUGUUCGGUUAUUUGAAAUGGCGGCCACCCAGGGGAAGCACUCAUUGAUUGUUUCCCUUGCGGUUUCACACUUAUAGGGUUGGUGUCAACGUUCUAAUGGGGUAAUGGGGUGGUCCUCGUUCGGGAGAUGAAUGGAUUCUGUUCGUAAGCAAUCUCCCGAACGGCAAAGGAAAUAAACACAAAUUAACAUGGGAAAGCAUCUGAAAUGGGAUUCACAAUCCAAUGUUUCCAAGGGAAACUGGGUACCCCUGUUGGCAGGAAAACUGUCUGGACGUGCAGCUGAGGCGUAUCGGGCAGUACUUGAUGAGGACAGCAAAAACUACACCAGGGUCAAACAAGCCAUUUUAGCGCCGUAUGACAUCACACCCCAGGCAUACCAACUCCGAAUUCAAAAACUGAUGAAAGCAGGAGAAAGAUUCACACACUUGCAUGCACGAGUGGGCAUGCCGACUUCAAAGAGCUGACAUGGGAUGGGUGCAGGCUAACCAAGCCACAACUAUGGAGGAGCUAUUCCAGCUUAUACCCCCAAAACUAUGUGUCGUCUGGUUACUGGGAGGGGAAAGGGCUAAUCACUACUCCAGCUUGUUCCAGUGUGGAGGAUUCAACACGGAAAGUCUUGUAAGGACUAGAGCUCCCAGGACUGAGUGUCGUCCAGUGCCUGGGAGUGGAUAGAGUGAGGCAUUUGGCUCCAGGACAGAGUGGUUCCAGGACCCCAGUGAAGUCACAGCAACUGGGGGCAGGAGUGCUGCGGUUUGUCCCCUGUUCCAGCUAGGAAGUGGUCCUUGGCGGAGGUACCCAGCCGGGGUAGAGGGAGCUCCGUUACAGCCCCAAGUAAAAACAAAAUUGUAUGUUGUAUAUAUGUACAGCGCAGCGGCAUAUACUGGGCCCCUGUACAACAGAAAUGCUUGCAGUUCAAGCGCAGAUCCAGAGCCUAAUCUUGGGAGGGACACUGGUAGAUUAUUUAAAGAAACAAUCCGGGCACAAUAACCACUAUAGCACUUUGUAGUGGUUAUGGUGCCAGUAGUGCCGUAGUGCCCUCUCAGAGUAAGUAGUCAAACUGUUUAGGAACAGUUUGACAAUCUACCUGGGAUCUGCUGGGAUAGGGGCUGUAGAAGGGGAUAGGGGCAGUAGUGUAUGUGAGGGUUGCAAUGUGUGUGUGUUUGUGAGUGGUGCCAUGUGCGUGUGUAUGAGUAGUGCAGUGUGUGUGUGUAUGUGGGGCAGUUUCUGCAUGAGGGGUGUACAGUGUGUGUGGGGGGCAGGUUGUAUGAGGGGUACAGUGUGUGUGGGGGAGGUGCAGUGUGUGUGUAUGGUUGGCAGUGUGUGUGGAGGGAGUUAUUGUGUCUCUGUGCGGGUAGGAGGGCAAAUUCAUAUUUAUUUAGAAAAUAUUUUACCAGGAAAGAUACUGUGUCAAAAGCGACCUCGCCACUGGUUUUUGGAGGGGACUGAUUGCCAGCCUCUUGCCUUGGGACUAUGGCCCCUGGGAGAUUGGACACUUUAGAAACAGCAUUGGGGCUUAUGGACUUGUAUUGGACCAUGCUGGCCCUUUAAGAACCAUCUGGGGACAUAUUGAGACUGUGUGUGACAAUGCCCCAUUAAGACUAUGACCCCAGACCUUUAAAAUCCUUUGUGCAUGGCUUUCUCCCAUUUGCUUCAGUAAAUAGGUCUUACUGAACCAAGUACCACACAGGCGGACCACCCAGAAGUGGAAGUGUGCAGGCAAUUUACCUCCCAGGCUGGGAGCCUGCUGUAGGUAAAUUACCGACCACUGGAGGGCCGCCAUUCGUACAAACGAACAUGUGGCGGCGGCCAUCUUUAUUCAGGUGAACGCGUUCAAGGUGUGUGCAGCCAAAUUCAUGGAAAUGAAAUCGGCUACACAUUUAGCCGAACACUGCUGACCCUUACCUUCUCCUCCUCUGAGUUUUCAGCCACAGAAACGAAUUUCCGUUCGGCCAUUCAAACGCAUGUUCGAAUGGGACUUAGUCAUUUUUUCAGUGUGAAAUUGACCGACCGCACAGCCCAAAUCUAUAGAACUGUUUUGGGCAGGAAAAUGUGCUUGCGGUCGGUCAUAAAGGACUUCCAGCUAAAUUUGUAUCUACUGGAGAGAUUUGUAUGAUUUUUGAAAGUGUUCAUAUUUGAAGUAUGCUGGUUCUGAAAAUGUAUUCUGAAAAUGCAUUUAUGUGAAUGGCAUGUAUAGUUUUAAAGUUACAGUACAUGUAUAAAAAGUAUAUUCUAUCACAGGCAGAGGGGAGGAUUUUGUGGGAAUGAAUGGGAGUGUUUUACUAUAUUGUACGUGUUGGAUUGGUUGUUCUUCAAAACCCUGUGGGCUGUACUAUAUGUGUAAAAUGUGCAUAAAAGCAGAGUGUUUCAUUAAAACACUCCUAUUGGGGGAAUCUGCUACAAGGGAUUGCUAUGCUAGUCAUACUCUCUUGCUAUAUCACUACUAAGCUCUUGUAAGAGCUUGUUCCUGUCUUGCUCUCUGAAGGAGUCUAUGGUGGUUAUGGUGUCGGCUGGAGUGCUUGGAGCCCUCAGGAAGCUCUGGGAGCAUCCUUCAACGGAGGUACCCAGUCGGCGUGCCAGGUGAUCACAGAUACAGAUCACAGAUGUUACAGAUACAUUGAGAUUUCUCUCGUUUUCAAGUAUGUCCUGGGUCCACAAAACAUUACAUUGAUUCAAUAUGGUACAAUCAAAUUCAAAAACAAUAUUAAUACACAAUACAUAAAAAAUUUAACAUAGAACAGGUAGGAAAUAUAUAUUCACCCAUGACAGGUGCAUUCUGUUUUGAGGUAUAUAGAGAGGGAUCUCUUAAAGGACUUUAGGCUUGGGGAAGAUUUGAAAGUGUGCGGGAGGUCGUUCCAUAAUUGCAGCGCUCUGUUAGAAAAGGAGGAUCGGGCUGCUUUCUUUUUGUAUUGAGGUAGACUAAAUAAAGUGCUGGUACAGGAUCAGAGGUUUUAUAUAUAUAUAUAUAUAUAUAUAUAUAUAUAUAUUUUUUUUUUAAAUAAAAAUUAUUUUAAUAUUCCCCCCUCCCUGCUUACCUUUGCCUGGGAGGGGGGACGGUACUCAACCAUGGUGCUCCGGUGGGGAAGCCCUGGCAAUCCUAGUGGUGAGAGUGAACUCUAGCAGCUUAAGGAGCUCCUAGAGUUCACUCUCGCGAGAUUCUGAGCAUUGCCACGGUAACCGUGGGAAACCCGGCGGAGCUGCAGGUUAGAGCUCCCCCGGGUCCUCUCUCCCUCCCCUGCCAGCUGCCAAAUUACACUGCUAGCGGGCCGGAGAGGGAGAUCUCUGAUCUCCCCUCCGGUCCUGCAGAGCUGGCACAGGAGAUUGAGGCAAUGAAAAUAUCUUGGGGCUCCCUUGUGUGUCUGGGGUGCCGUGGCACACAGUUUGGGAACGGCUGCUAUAGCAGUUUUAAAUACUUUUAUUUAUAAAUAUAUAAUUUAACUGUAAAUACUGUAUGUGGAAAUUAUGUUCAAAUGCAGACAUUCUUUUUACAUUUUUUUGCCAUUUUUUGUAAUCUGUGCUGCUAGUAAUGAUGUUUUGCUUCACAUUUCAGAUCCUGUGUGAAAUAUUUAUACUCUCUAAAGCUUUUCAUUUUUAAAAUAUUUUUGAUAAAAGAUAAACGAAUAAGUGAAAAAUACCUUUUCAGUUUGUGUGCAAAGCAAUAAAUACACAAAAUUGCUGCCUUAUGAUAUGUUUAUAUGCAAGCUAUGCAUCCCUUGCUUCAAAUAAAUCUAAUACUAAGAUGUUUUUCUUAACCAUGGAUUUUGGUUAAAGCAGUCCUCCGCACCCCACAGGUGUCCCACAUCAAAACAUAUGGCAUAUAAAUUCUAAUAGUCUCAUUUUUUUAAAAUUUUGAUAUGUUUUGAUUGAUAUAUAUAUAUAUAUUAAUAUAUCAAAACAUAUCAACAUUUUACAAAAUUUGAAUAGUUUCAUAAUAUUAAAUCAUUUUGUGGAAGGACAAAAGGUAAUUGCCUCAUAUUCCUAGAUGGGACAAUUCAUUCUCAUUUCCAUUGCUUUUUUGGAGGACCACAUACAUUACUGUAGCACAUAUUCAGGAAGAUCUUUACUAUGUUUUCCUAAAUUCUAUAGCAUUUUUAAAGCACAGCGUGUUUUCAAAUAUGUUGACACAUUCUCCCUUUUCUUUUUCUUUCAAUAGAAACAUCUAUUCAGGAAACUCUUGUACCAGAUGGACGAGACUUGGAAUGUCUACAACUCUCGUUGCCAACCAUGGCUAUGUCUGCUGUCUAUUAAAUCCCACCCUCUUCUAAAACAUAUCAAGUAUCUACGCAAACCAGCUGCUUGCAAGCAAUUUCUACUCCACUUUAUCCGUUCACCCAACAGUGUGUGGCAAAGAGUUUGACAUCGGCCUGACAACAGCCACGACAGCUUCAACUAUGGAGAAUGCUAAACUGUCUGUAAUGUUGAAUGCGCAGCCUUCUACUGAUAUCCAGAGAAAUUCCAUUCAAACAAUCACGCUGAAUGUUGUCAACACUUUGCCUAUUCUAUCUGCUGGUUACUCUUCUGCCCCCAACAUCGUCACGCAUGGGAAAUCAAAGAAUGUUGGGAAACAUGUGUGCAAGCACUGCGGUAGAGAUUGUUUGAAGCCCAGUGUCCUGGAGAAACACAUCCGCUCACACACCGGCGAAAGACCAUUUCCAUGUGCAACUUGUGGCAUUUCAUUCAAAACUCAAAGCAAUCUGUACAAACAUCGAAGGACACAAACUCAUGUGAACAACAUUAAACUAAGCUCGGCCCCUAGCAUCGAUCUAAAAGGCCAAGUUGGUGAUCAAGUAGGGGACAAUUUAAUGGACAAUCUGAAACAUAUCACAGAGAAAGGCAUUGCUAUAGACACUGGACAGUCUACUCAACAUACCAGUUCAGACACCAGUUUCUCUUCACAGGAAAAUACUGGCUUAUCCUUCUUUACAAGUGAAGACAUGUCUGCCCAAGCUAUCAACUCUCAAUUGGUUCAUGGAAACUGUGAGAAGACUGGUCAGCUUUCAUCCAAAACAGCAAUUAUUUCACCCCCUGUACCAAAUCAGAAGAGGAUGCUAAAAAGUCAGAACUCUCCAUCUGGAAAUAGGCAGAUUCAGGUGCAACGACAGUAUGAGACUGGUGUAGAAAAGCAAUGGGAACGCAGUCCAUCUGAGUACAAAUUGAAAAAAUGUGAGAGCACAGACUCUGGGUAUUUGUCACAUUCAGACAGUGCUGAUCUGCAAAUGUUUUCCGGUAGCCCACUUCACAGUCUGAGUGAGUGCAGCCUUGAGUCUGAACAUGCACUUAGCACUAGUUCACUUCAGGCUUCAAGCGAGGACUGUGACGAUAAAACACUGACUGGGAAGAAAACACUAGAAGAGCAUAUUACCAUGCUGAUUUCUCGAAACCAAGCCUUGGUAGAUGACUCUCACUUAGACAAUGUUCGUCCUCGUAAAACCACUUUAUCCAAACAAGGGAGCAUCGAUCUUCCAAUGCCCUACACCUUCAAAGACUCUUUUCACUUUGACAUUAAAUCCCUUGAUGUGAACAGGAAGAAGGUUUUUCCAUGUCCUAACAGGUCUACCUUCAAUCCAGCAGAGAAAGGCAAACCUCUCUUUUUUCACUCCGUCCCCACUCAGUUCUCCACUACAAUGGAUAACGUAACCAUGACACGCUGCAACUCAUUGCCAUUUGUUGAAAGCUGUAGGUUAACACCAGAUAAGCAAAAUUCUAAAUGCCAGUCCAUCGCAAAGCAACCAUUAGAUGCAAGUUUUGCGAGUCUAUUGCUAACCAGUACUGCUGCGGCCCACACAGUGGAUUUUUCAAGGAGCCAUCCACGGGGGCUUGUUAGACAGACCGCUGUUGAUGAGGUACUGGUUAACCCUGCAGCUGAAUGCCAUUUUCCAGAGGUGAUAAAAAGCAAGAAGAAGCACUCAAGUGACCACCCUGCCUCGAAGUGCAAGGGAGCCAGUAAGAGAGGUGGCUCGAAAAAGACAAACAUGUUUUCUCAUGAAAAGUGGCAGAUGUAUGGGGAUGAAACAUUCAAAAAACUUUACCAAAACGUAGAGAAAAAUGAGAGUUCCAGAAAGGUGAAGCAAGAAAUUGCAGAAACAACGAGUUUGGUUGACAAUGAAAAAAAAAUCCCGAUUGCAGGUGGCGCAGUAAAUGUAAGUGAAAAUAUCACCAUAAAAACUUCAAAACACUUGUUUAAGAUUGCCUCUGGAGGUUUUAGGCAGGAACCUUCACUCCUAUAUGAACCACGGUCACCCAAUGGCCAUCAUCCAAAUUCUUCAGAACUCACCCAGGGAAGCAAAACAUUACACUCAGGAAUCAACUACAAACACUCAAUCCAAAAAGAUGUUAAAGUGUGUACCUCAGAAGAGAAACUGUUUGCUUAUCUCUCCUCUUCAAAAACUGAAUUUCCACAACCUCUUCUAAAGGAUCAGAGUGUUAGUGCCAGUUCCAGCUGUGUGGCAGUUGAAUUAAAAGAAGUAGAGUGCAAGUCGCCCUCAAAUACAGAAAAAUGUAUCAAUUCUGAAAAAUUACAUUCAGAAAGAAAGAAGUUUAAAGUGGCUGAGAUCAGAGAUACACCAUCUGAUAGUAAUGCAAGUUGUUUAGAAACAGAUAGGGGUAAGGACAUUCAAAGGACAUUCUUUAAUAAAUACUCUUUGGACCAAUUGCAGAAAGCAAAGGUACAUUUGGGAGUAGAUGUCCGUGGUAGGACGGGUCUUGACACAUUUGCUAUUGAAGCAAGGGCCUCACAAGUGAAUGUGGAUAACGUGAAUACACUUUCUUCCAAUAUAAAAUGUAAUGCCCAGGGUUCAACUGUUCAUCUCUCCGGUAAGACCCACAUUUCAGGACAGUUUUCUUAUCAGUUCAUAGAGCCACCGACACCACCAAAUAAAAAUAUAUUCUCGCCAAGGUAUGUUAUCAAAUUACGAAGUGAUGGACUGUCGUCUGCUGAUGUAUCUGCUAAACAGGACUGUGGUCAUAGAAUGUCUUUUGAAGAUACAGCAGUACACUCCCUGGAUUCCGCACACUCGAAACAAUAUUUGAAUUCUGUGUCUGUAUUCUCGGCUCAGACUCAACCAGGGCAAACACUUCCUCCUCCAGAUCCAUUCAAGUUAAACCAUACCACUGAUUUCCUAAAUGCACCUUCUCUAAAUGCAUCACGUAUCUCCAAGAUGUCCUUCGAACAAGGGCCAAACUUGACCCAACAUGAUGAGAGGCAUACUGGCUACCACAAUGAUUCAGAUGCAGAGAAAAUCACAGAUACACAGCAUAUAUUAGUAGAAAUGACAUCUGCUGUUGCUAAAAACAUUGAGGGAUUGCUGGAAACUUUAGAGGAUCAAUGUCCAGACAAGAUAGCACAGACACAACAUCAACUCAGCUUGUCUGGAUAUGUAAAAACCUCAUCAAAAAUGUAUUCAAAUGAAACACCAAACAUUAAGCCAGAAAUAGAAUCAGGAGGCCGUGACCAUGAGCCCACCAGACUGAUUACUGGCCAUUCUCAGGAGAUACAACUACACCUUUUGGAUAAUUCCCACCCUGGUCAGCUCUCCAGGAACCAGCUAGCAAAACCGAUAACCAAUAUGAACUCAGGGAAUAGCAAAGACCUAACAACUGAGACCACUUUUUCAGUUUUAAAUACUGAGCCAAGUCCUACUUGGUGCUGGUUAAACAAAAGUGUUCCUCUCCCUGCAGAGCAGAAAGACAAGUCAUUUUCUGUUUACGCUUCAGUAACAUGCAACACCAUGGACCACAAGAGACCAGGAUCAGCGGUCCUGAUCCCAUUUCAAGAAGGGAGACCUGUUGGCAGCAUGACUCAGCUUAGAAGUGUGUCCUCUCUCUCCAGGGUGUCCCAAAGAGAUAUGGUAAAAUUAUUACCUUGACUUCUUCAAUUUCCUGAAUCCAUACUAUGACCCUUUUACUUUUCUCAUAUAUCUCCUUCAUGUACUUUUCACAUCUUCUGACAUAUCACUCUCCUGUCUUCUUCUACGAUAUAUUAUUUUAUGCUAAACAAUUUAGUAGGUAAUUACCAUCCUUUUUAUGCAGUGAAAUACGGCAUAAGAUAAAUUAAGUAAACCAACUCUGGAGUGUUCUUAAUAAACAGUAACGUGCUGUGAGUUGACAUCAGACUUAUAUAGGGUUUUCGGCUAAACCAUGGGUAGGCAGCACUCCAGAUGUUGUGGGUAUCAUUAUGGCAGUAAGAGUAUUAUGGCAGAUGUAGUCCAUAACAUCCGGCGUGCUGAAGGUUGCCUACCCCUGCAGUAAAUUAUGAAGUGUUAUUGUGACAGGAACAGGGUGGCUGGUCCCUGACUUUGGAUCCAGACCUGAACCUUCCAAAUACUACUAUGGUCCUCCUGGAGCUACUGCAGCAACUGGGUACCUUAUGGCUAGUUGCCCAGCAGCUCGAGCUUCUUCACUGAUAUCAUCCAACCAUCAGCCAGAUACUGGAUAACUAAGACAGUAGCAGUUUAUUAAACAGGCAGUGUAUUUAUACAGUAUGAGAUGUUACUUAAAGGGUAGUACUAGCUUCAGAACCUCUAUAAAGCUCUGGGACUUUUACCGCUCUGUUCCAAGAGGCUCUUCGGGAAAAGGUCCACUCAUUGUUGGCCACACUUUCCAUGGUUUCCUGGUCAGAGAACCAUGGAAUGGAGAACUGUAUUUUAGACUGUAAGACAGGCACACAAGUAACUCUUAAAACUCUCCUUUGCACCAGUCCCACAUAAUGUUUGCCCUUCGUUGUCCACAUUGGUUUGUGCACCACAGAGUUAACCCUUCAGGUGUCAGUAGGUGGUUUUUACUGUGUCCUUUAUAAUUAACCUAUUAAAUAUAUCUGUUACAUGCCCAGAAGAUUGUUCUGGCUUUAAGGGUUGGAUGGUGAUUUCCAUCACAAGGUGUCCAUAGUUUCUGGGUAGGAGGCUAGCCACCAAGCCUUUCUUCAAGGCUCAUCUAGGAUUAUUUUUUUAACCAAAAUAGCUCAGAUAGAGAAUUUUUCCAAAUCUGCUCUUUUUUGGUGUAAUAUUUGCAGUUGCAGUUGCCUUGCUGGCUGUAAUAAAGGAAGUGGAUAAAUCUGGUUGUAAACAUUUUGAUCUAUACUUGACAAGUGACUACAGUUUCCGGUUUAGAGAAUAAACUGUUCUUGUGAUCUGAUUUACUAAUUGAGUAAACAGGAAUUGUGUAGAAUUGAUAAGAGGAAUGCAAACUAGUUAAAAAGUAGUUUAGAGAAAAUAUAACUGUUUGUUUGAAAAUAAAUAAAUCCACCUGUGUUAUUUUGGCAGGCAAUUUUAUAACAUGACAGGAGGCUUCAUAUUUGCUUAAGUCUCUCUUUACUAGAACUCCACAGCAGCACAUUGGGGUCGAAGAACUAGGUAGAUGCUGAAAUCCAGGCCCUUUUCGAAAAGGGCACAGUCCAGUGGGCACCAGACGAUGGAGGUUUCUUCGGUUCCAUAUUCCUGGUGAGGAAGAACUUCCGCCUGAUAAUAAAUUUGAGGAACCUGAAUGCCUUCACCAUUUGCCGACAUUUCAAAAUGGAGGGCAUCAAUCUGCUGCGGGACCCUGCCCCAGGGAUUGGUUCACGUGACUAGACCUGAAGGACGCCUAUCUAUCUGUACCGGUGGACUUUACGUGCCGAUUUCUCAGAUUUCUCUGGAAGGGCAGACCUUGCCAGUACACCUGCCUACCCCUCAGCUUAGCGCCGUAGUGUUUCACCAAACUGUUAAAACCUGUGACGACACGUCUUCAAUCCAGGGGUGUUCGUUGUCUCAUCUACCUGGAUGAUCUACUGAUAUUUUGAGAGGAGCCCUCCAGACUGAAUUAUCAGACGCUUGCUGCGAUCUACUUGUUCGAGUCACUGGGUUUCGUGGUCAACCGGGAAAAAUCAGCCAUCACACCAACAAAGGUGAUCGACUUCUUGGGUUUCGAAACAGACGCAACGGAGUACCCCCUAAGCUUUCCUCAGUCCAAGAUCUCCACCAAUCUGAAGGAAAUCUGGAGGAUUCUGCAUCAGAACCGGAUCCCACUACAAAUGCUGGCUCGCGUAGUGGGUCUCCUCUCCGCAUCGAUCCAGGCGAUCUAUCCGGGACCCCUUCACUAAAGGGCCUUGCAACGCCUGAAGGCCCGCUUCCUAUGCAGGAGGCCCUCCUACGACCAAGUGAUCUCUCUCGUACCGGAUGUAAAGAUCGAGCUUUGCUGGUGGCUGCCUCACAUGUCAGCCUGGAAUGGCAAAGCGAUUUUUCAGACCGACCCACGAUUUCAUACUAGAGCUGGGGUUCGGGAGCUACUUGUACGACCAGCUCCACGGGAGGCCCCUGAUCAGAGAUGGAGACAGAGUACCACAUAAAUUGCCUGGAACUGAUUGCGGGAUCACCGCUAUUGGAUACUUUCGGAGGUAACGAUGGAGAUUUAAAGCUUCUGCUUCCAACGCAACAUCACUCUCAAGGCGGAGAGUGUCCUGGGAGUGUCGAACCUGACAGCAGGCUGGUUCUCCAGACAUUGGAGGGACGCCAGCAAUUGGAGGCUCCAUCAUUCGGUUUUCCUCGAGAUCGCGGACUAGAGGGGCCCAUUCACAGUGGAUCUCUUCGCCUCCAGGACGAACUUCCAGGUCCCAACGUACUUCAGUUGGCUUCCAGACCCGGCUUGCACGGAGGUGGAUGCUUUUCUUUAGAAAUGGCCUCAGGGAGCUUAUGCGUUUUCUCUGUUUGCUAUGAUCUCCAGAGUCCUGCUACAAGUACGACGUCAAUGUGUAUCAUUAGUGUUACUGACCCCCUAUGGCAAGUUCAGGCUUGGUUUCUGGAACUUUUACAACAGGAUCCUAUCCUCUAGGACCCACAAGGCAACCCUCAUCCCCUCGUGGUGGAUGGCCACCUUCAUUUAGUGGCCUGGACUCUUUCAGGCGAACCUGGAAUGUCGACGACGUAUCGCAGUCAGCUAAGAACCUCCUCUGGGACUCCUGAGCUCCUGGAACUAGGAGAUGCUACUUGUUCGCAUGGAACUCUUGGUGUCGUUGGUGCCUAGAACGGAAUACCAAUCCCUUUACAGCCCCUGUAUCCAGUGUUUUGGACUUCCUCUCUCACCUGUCUGACUUGAGUCGGUCGUAUUGUUAGGUUAACAUAGCCAGGUCUGCGAUCUCUGCGGCUCAUGUGCCUCUCCGAGGUUCCCCCAUUGGUCAAGACCCGUUGGUUUGCCGACUUCUCUUAGACUAACACGUCCUACAACAGGAAGUACUCCUCCCUCUGGGAUGCACACACGGUCUUAUCGUUCCUCCAGGAUUGGCCGGAUAAUCAAGAUCUGUCCCACCAACAGCUUUUGGUUAAAUUCACUCUUCUACUAUGCCUCAUGUCCUUUCGCCGGAUCUCCCAUGUCCGGGCAUUCAAUGUCGACGCACUCUCUUUUUCUCCUGGAAGGGGUUACCUUCUUUGUGUCUAGACGGACCAAGUCGGACUUGACGGCUAUCUUCUACCCAUAUUUCCGCGACUCACCUAAACUCUGCAUGGUGGCAGCUCUAUCACGAUAUGUGGUGAUUACAACUCUGCCUCGCCCUUCCCGUUCAGGGCAAUUACUGGUUCGGGUAAGAACUCUGUUGAUUUCAGUAGUGUCUGAAUUACUCUGGGUGGCUGCAUGUUUUUUCGAAGGACAUUUAAUUAGUUAACCAAUUCUUUCAAUUCUGUUUAUCUUGUUUCAGUUUAAAGUUUCAUCUACGGUUCCAUGUUCAAGUUUUUCUUCUGGAUGGCUGUCAUUGGUUGGAUCCGUUUUCUACAGUUUCUACAGUUACAGUUAUAUUUCUUUGUUUGUACUAUUCUUUGUUUUUGUCGCAGCUUGAAAGAGGAAGUAGUUGUACUUUACUGUUUUCUGAUUGGUUGUUUUCUCUCUGUGUUAAUGUGCUGCUGUGUAGUUCUAGUAAAGAGAGACUUAAAGGACCACUCUAGGCACCCAGACCACUUCAGCUUAAUGAAGUGGUCUGGGUGCCUGGUCCUUCUAGGGUUAACCCAUUUUUUAAUAAACAUAGCAGUUUCAGAGAAACUGCUAUGUUUAUUAAUAGGUUAAGCCUUCCCCCAUUCCUCUAGUGGCUGUCUCAUUGACAGCCACUAGAGGCGCUUGCGUGCUUCUCACUGUGAUUUUCACAGUGAGAGCACGCCAGCGUCCAUAGGAAAGCAUUGUAAAUGCUUUCCUAUGAGACCGGCUGAAUGCGCGCGCAGCCAGCCGGCGGGGCGUAACGGAGGAGGAUCGGAGGCAGAGAGCUCUCCGCCCAGCGCUGGAAAAAGAUAAGUUUAAACCCCUUUCCCCCUUCCAGAGCCGGGCGGGAGGGGGUCCCUGAGGGUGGGGACACCCUCAGGGCACUAUAGUGCCAGGAAAACGAGUAUGUUUUCCUGGCACUAUAGUGGUCCUUUAAGCAAAUAUUCGCCUCUUGUCAUUAAUAGAAUUAAGAUUAUAGGUACUCUAAAGCUAGCAUAACCUACAAUUUACAGUUAUUUUAGCAAUUUUGUACCAUUUCCCAUUUAGUGAAUAAACUAUAUUUACUUAAAGGACAAGUGCCACCUCAAAUCCAUUUUAACAUAAUUAUCCUUUCAUUAUGUUUUGAAAGGAAAUUGAUUUAAAAAAAAAUCUUAUUACCAGAAAUUUGCUAGGGAAUUCUAUAUUUUACUCCAAAUUACAUCACAAUCUAGCAGAGUCAAGGCACAUACAUUGCCCUGGAGAAGGGGAAACGGAAACAUUGUUUAAGUUUUAAUGAAGCUUUUAAAGCUGCCGUAACUGCUGUUGUGUUUAAACAUAUUGUCCUUGCCUUAUUAUGUUUAUUUUAUUGUUUUUUAGGAUGCAUCAAGUGAAGGAAUAUGUGUGGAUCAGAAGACAUGCAAAGCUGGUAUUGUGCUGAAAAAGAAGGAUUUAGACAAUACACAGGUCAUGCCCAUGAGUUCCAGGAAUCAUGUAAUGACUAAAAGCAGGCACCAGAAAAGGCAGGUUCAAUAUCACAAGCUAAUCCCAAUGCUUCCUACCAAAACAAGAAGUCAGGGGCCAAUGCACUACCAGGAGAGAAACCCAAGAACAAACUGAGCACUUGGAGUCUCAUACACACACAGAAUGGGCAAGCCACGGUCAGAGUCACACACAGAAUCGACAAACCAUAGUCAGACUCACACACACACACACACACACACACAAAAUGGACAAGCCAUGGUCAGAGUCACACACAGAGCCAAUCCACUGUCAGAGUCACACACACAGACACAAGCCAUGGUCAGAGUCACACAUAGACACAAGCCAUGGUCAGAGUCACACAUAGACACAAGCCAUGGUCAGAGUCACACAUAGACACAAGCCAUGGUCAGAGUCACACAUAGACACAAGCCAUGGCAAGAGUCACACACACAGACACAAGCCAUGGUCAGAGUCACACAUAGACACAAGCCAUGGUCAGAGUCACACACACAGACACAAGCCAUGGUCAGAGUCACACAUAGACACAAGCCAUGGCAAGAGUCACACACACAGACACAAGCCAUGGUCAGAGUCACACACAGACACAAGCCAUGGUCAGAGUCACACAUAGACACAAGCCAUGGUCAGAGUCACACAUAGACACAAGCCAUGCUCAGAGUCAGACAGACAUAGAGACAAAUUCCAUAUUUAGAGUCAGAGAGACAGACAAAGAUACAGGCCAUAUUCAGAGUCAGACAGACAAAGAGAGGCAAUCCAUAUUCAGAGUCACACAGACAAAGAGACCAGCCAUGCUCAGAGUCAGACAGACAUAGAGAGGAAAUCCAUAUUCAGAGUCAGACAGACAGACGGACAGACAAAGAGACAAGCCAUGCUCAGAGUCAGACAGACAACCAGAGGAAAUCCAUAUUCAGAGUCUCGGACAAUUGUUUCAGCCUCCUUAAGGCCUCAUGAGCGAGGAGUAGCGGAUACCCCUCUAGGCACAGUGAGCACAUGGUCCAUGUCUGGAUUACCGUUUUGGGGAGAGCAUAUGCAAUUGCAGUUGAACAAAAACAGAGAAUUUGAGAACUCUGAAAACUGGCAAAACCUUAGAGAACCUUAGUAGCUUGCCCUUCAGUUCGUCUCAAAAUGUAUUUGUUCACUUGCGCCAUUGCAAAGGAAACUUAUACCAUUUGCAUAUCAGACUGAUCCCACCCAUAAGGACAGUCCAGAACCGAAAUGCUGGCAAGUUACAUUAAGGAAUGUAAAACUUGCUUCCUCUAUGCUUUGUAAAUGCAAUCCUUGGCAUAGAUUUUUUGUUUUUCAUUUUCAGAGUCUGUACAGUGUGAAUGCACUGGAAGCUGUGACAUCUAGUACAUGUGAGGUGUAACAUUGCAAUGCACACGUGUAUCAGGGAGGAACCAUGCGCGUUCUAUUACAAACACCCACAACCUGCGCAGGAUAUGAAGAAUUCAGGUCACAGUCAAUAAUUAUUAUACACUGAAGGCUGGAGUUCCAAAGCCCUUACAGUCUCAGCAGGCAAUCAAUCACCGUAUGAAUUAUCUGGCAGUGUGGAGAAAAUGACAAUAAAUCUUUUUUACCUCUCUCGCACCACAGAUAUAAUAAAACACAUAUAACUCACAGCUGUAUAGGGAUAUCCUUCAGGGGUUCAGUAAAGGAAAGGUAGUUUGUGCUACCCCUGGAUCAGAAUAUUAAUGGUGGGUUAACGUCCCAUGGCUUGGGCUGCCUCCUCUCUCUGACAGCUGCUACAGGAAGGCUCCCUUCCUUGUGGUAAAGAAAAUAAUAUUUUCAGUAUGUUUCCGUUGCAAAAAACAAAAAUGGUGCACACCUCUGUCUUUUUUUUGUUUCUCUGUAGCUGCAUGUCUUUAGAUUUAACUAGUAAAUAAACAUGGCUGGCAUGUCUUUUUAUUGCACAUUGUAUUGCAUACAUUUAUAGAUCUAUUAUACAUGGUAGCCAUUAAUUGUAUCCUCUAUGUAGUGCAUUUAACGUUACAGAUUCAGCUUCUUUUUUUUUUCUCCUACAGGUGUAGUGCAUUUCGCCAGCGUAAACGCCCCACGUGUUUGGCAAACAAACACACAGCGGGUACAUGUCCCUUCUCUUCAGCUUCUCGUCAGAUGAUCAAUGCCAGAUCUGAGCGAGGUGACCACUACAAGAAAAGCGCUUCUUCAGAGUCAGGUAAUGAGUGAACUCUCGCUGCACAUAUUAGAGGGGUCUGGCCGAUAUUUACAAGCUGUGUCUUAAUUUGGGGGCAAUAAGCUUUAUAGAAAACCUAUGGUAUGGUGAGAGUUCUAAGUACGUAAAGGACAGCAGGUCGGCAGUAAGCUGUGUAUCCUGCCUGACCCACAAAGCGGUAAUAUGAAUAGAGUAGCCCUCGGCAUUUAAAUUAUCAUGAAAUUACUUUACCACUAGUUAUAAUAGGAUGCAGAAUGUUCACAUUCAGCGUUCCCCUGCAUUAUCAUUACCUUCAAGAAUCGCUUUAUGAGAGUUAUAGAGUUAUAGACUGUUCUGCUCGGUAUUUUUAUUGGUGUCAAUGAAAAAAAACACCAUUUGAUUAAUAACGCAGAAUCAAUUAAUUGCUCACAGUAACAGUGUUACAUAAAAAUGUAUUUUUUUAACAAAAAAAGUAACUGUCUGCGCAGAAGAAAUAUGUUGAAUAAUACCGGUCUACUUACUGUGUUUCCCAUCUGUUAUGGAAACCAGGGAAUGGGUCCCCGGGAGGUGGCAGCUUAUGAGUUCGAUAAGCAGUAACAGAUUUUAGACUCGGGAAUGGUUCCCAUUAUUAGAUCAGGUUAGGAAUACUUUCUGGAGGAAUAAUUCCUCGGGCCAACAAACUUUUCUUCGCUUCCGAAACAAAAACAAGUUCCCUGUUGUUUUCUAAUAAUCCGUCUCUCCAAGAGAGCAGGAUUUACAGACAUUAAACCCAUCCUCUCCAUGAUCACUGCCACCUGACUGCGCUGACUGAACAAAGACUAAGUAGGCCAUGCCAUCACCCAUCCAACUGGCAUGGACUUAGCAUAUAGCGGUGAUACGGCACUAGGCUGGGUAAUGAAAUGGAAAAAUCUCUCAUUCUUUCUCUCUCUCUCUCCUUCUCUCCUCUAUAUCUCCUUCUUUCUUUCCCUCUCUCCUUCUCUCUAUAUCUCCUUCUUUCUCUCCCUCCUUUCCCUUACUUAUUCUCUUUAUCUCUUCACUAUACUCCCUUCUUUAUCCUCUGUUUCUCUCCUCCUUUCUUACUCUCUCAUUCUGUCCAUGACACUAACUCUUGCUUUCUCCCUCCCUCCGAUAUCUCUCCUUUUCUCUUACUGCCAUUCUCCCUCUCGUUCUUUCUAUCAGCCUCUAACUAUACUGUUUAGUGAACAGUGAACAACUCUAACAGAUAAUGUAAAAUGUUUCCUCAGCAGAUUAAUUGCAGGCUUUACUUUGACAAUGUAAUUAAAUGCGUGCUGGACUUGGCAGCGUCUCCACAAUAAAUAGGGUGUCUGCUUUUAGUUAUUGAGACAUUUAAGCUGUGGUGUCACUGUUAGCUCUCACUUAAACAACUUCAUCAUACGAGAUGAAAACAGAAACAAUUUCACGCACCUGCAACACGCAUUCAUAUUCCCCGUAACCUCUUCUUUUCUGGGUCAUUCAUACAUAUAUACGUCUAACUUUAUGGAGGAAGUUAUAAAACUAUCUCUUCCCCUUGGAACGAAACAUGUGCUAUAAAUUACUCGUUAGUAAUUAGGUCAAGGCGCAGAGACUUACCAUGUAAGUACAUCUAUCAAAUAGGCAAGGAUGCGCUGCAUUUAAAAAGAAACUUAUAUUCUCUUUAUAUGUAGAGUUAGUCAUUUUACGUGUGCAGCCAACAAAAUGUAUGUGUAUUUAAAUAUCACACAAAAAAAAUGGUGCACAACUUUAUAAAGAAAUAUUAAUUAUUUUAUAUUUAAGAUCAUUUAAGUUUCUCAUCAUUUUUAUGUGAUUUUAUUUGUACAAGAUAUAUUUUGCUUUUACUGUUUGGUUGCUGCAAUUAACACAUUAUUUCCUAUAUAUAUAUAUUUUUAUAUAUAUAUGUCAUUUUAUUUUUAUUUUACACAUAUACAUAUACUUAAUUGGAAUACUGUUCUUUGCACCAUUGGUAUAUUUUGUGGGGAGUUUGAUAUUCAUGUAAAACUGCACCUUAGAGGGAUAUACUUAUACCCUAUACUUCGCCUAUUUAAUGUGCUUAUAUUAAGAAAUAUUUUUUUUAAUAUCGGUGUAUUUAAAUAUGCAGAGUAUGCUUAAAUAUCUUGGUUUUGUCGGUUGAGUUGCCUUCUGGAAGCUAACAUAUUUGCGGAUAGAUUUGAAAUGUUCACUUAAAUUAUUAUUUAUUAUCAUUAACUGAAUGAAGUAUACAUGAGAGCUGAACUAAUAUCCUAUAAACCUCUGCUUCAAUGAUUAUACGUAGGGUGUUACCGUAGAAAAUAUUGGUAGGACCACAAUCUGCUGAGAAAUGUCUUUUCAGAAAUGGUGGUGUUUUAUUUCUGAGAGUUGGAUACUCAGCGGUUGGUCUUGUGAGGAUAUAUGGGUUUCAGACUCCGGUUUAAUAGAGUCAAAGUGGAGUCUAACACAAUAUUAUUUUUUCAAGGAAGAGUUAGAAAUCAAGUUAGCUUCGGCUCUUGUCUCUCUAAAUCUAGCAAACCAUUUCAGGGCUGAGAGAGUCCAUUGCACAGAGAAGGGUGCCCUCGGCUUCCCUCUCGCUGAAUCCGGUGAAGCCUUUCCGGACUGUGAGAUUGAGAGGUCUGGACUUCUCUGUCUUUAAAUCUUGAGAACCCUUUCAGGGCUGUGUGAAAGUCCACUGCACAGGGUUCCAGGCCCCAUGUCUCUCCACAUGUAGUGAACCCUCUUAGGACAGGUAGACCUCCAUAUAUCCCAGGGAUGACUUAGCCUGUUUAUUGACCUGGUAGCAGCUUGCUGACCGGAGGAUGCUGGCUGGGUAAAUACAACCCAUCCCACAAGGAUACACAUACCCCUGAUCACUUACUGCACUCUCCAUACAGCAAGGUGCAAGCUGUACAGUAUCUGUGUGCAUUCCCCUAUCUCUCUCUGUGCUGCCGGACAGGUGCAAAGGCUAGAGCUUAUAACGGUGAUUGACAGGGAGCUAAAAUGCAGGAAACCCCGGAUAGAGGUAAAUAAAGCCAUUUUGAUUUCUGCAAUUACUUUUCUUUUUCAGACCUCAUAAGCACACAUUGCUUGUAUACCCUCUCUGUCUGUGCGACCAGUUUAGAUGGAUUUUAUUUUAUAGAUAAAUUGUACGUGGAACCUGCCUGCUGAGGAAUGAGGAUUGAUGGAGAGGUGGGGUUGACAAGGCAUGCAGCGCAUGGAAUUUUCUGGAUUAGGAUUGUGUGAGGGGAGGGUUACAGUGACCCACUGUGCAUGGAAUCUACCGCUGUCUCUCAGUCAGUUUUAUGGCUCCUUUGACUGCAAGAGGGAGAUAUUCUCAUGUUUUAGCCAUUGAGCCUCCGUGGGGAAAUGAGCUAUGUUUCAGUAAAGGAAUGUCUCAAUUGCUGCGGAAUUUUCACACAACUCCUCUUUUAUUGCGUGCGUUCAGUGGAUGAAGUGUGAUGGGUCUGAACGAUUCUCAUAAGACAGGUCACUGACAUUUCAGCUGCUAAACCAGAAACAUACAAAUUCCAUUUGUUAAACAGAAACAUGACAGGGAGCGCACUUACCGGAACAAAUCUUUUUGUCAUAAUUAAAGUUGAAUUCAAAAUAAGAAAUGCAACACAUUUGACAGCAAUUUACGUGCAUAGAGUAAAAUAGUCAUUCAAACUGCGGCACAUUUCCUCUCUCCUCCCUGUUCUGUACCUCAUAUUUAAAUUUUCAGAGCUCCCUGUAGAUUGCAAGCUCGGGAGCCAAACCUACUUCUGACGAGAGGUGGUCCCAGAGGAUGUUUUAGGUGAAUAUUGGAAUGGGUGUCACUCAGUUCCCUGACCACUAGUCAUCUGAGGAUACCUGGGUGUUGGGGUCACUAUAUUCCUCAGGAUUCUGCAGGGACUCUGUCAGAUCGGAGGAUUGCUGCAUUAGCAUUAUACACAUCCCGAGCCUUCUUCAAUUCCUUUACUGUGUUAGCCUUAUACACAUCCCGAGCCUUCUUCAAUUCCUUUACUGCGUUAGCCUUAUACACACCCCGUGCCUUCUUCAAUUCCUUUACUGUGUUAGCCUUAUACACAUCCUGAGCAUUCUUCAAUUCCUUUACUGUGUUAGCCUUAUACACAUCCUGAACAUUCUUCAAUUCCUUUACUGUGUUAGCCUUAUACACAUACUGAACAUUCUUCAAUUCCUUUACUGUGUUAGCCUUAUACACAUCCCGAGCAUCCUUCAAUUCCUUUACUGUGUUAGCCUUAUACACAUCCCGAACAUUCUUCAAUUCCUUUACUGUGUUAGCCUUAUACACAUCCCGAGCAUUCUUCAACUCCUUUACCGUGUUAGCCUUAUACACAUCCUGAGCAUUCUUCAAUUCCUUUACUGUGUUAGCCUUAUACACAUCCUGAACAUUCUUCAAUUCCUUUACUGCGUUGGCCUUAUACACAUCCUGAGCAUUCUUCAAUUCCUUUACUGUGUUAGCCUUAUACACAUCCUGAGCAUUCUUCAAUUCCAUUACUGUGUUAGCCUUAUACACAUCCUGAGCAUUCUUCAAUUCCUUUACUGUGUUAGCCUUAUACACAUCCUGAGCAUUCUUCAAUUCCUUUACUGCGUUGGCCUUAUACACAUCCUGAGCAUUCUUCAAUUCCUUUACUGUGUUAGCCUUAUACACAUCCUGAGCAUUCUUCAAUUCCAUUACUGCGUUAGCCUUAUACACAUCCUGAGCAUUCUUCAAUUCCUUUACUGUGUCAGCCUUAUACACAUCCUGAGCACUCUUCAAUUCCUUUACUGUGUAAGCCUUAUACACAUCCUGAGCAUUCUUCAAUUCCUUUACUGUGUUAGCCUUAUACACAUCCUGAGCAUUCUUCAAUUCCUUUACUGUGUCAGCCUUUUACACAUCCUGAGCAUUCUUCAAUUCCUUUACUGCAUAAGCCUUGUGACGAGACCAAUCUCGCCACUGUGCAUUGGAGGAGCCUGGUUGCCCAGCUGCUGCCUUAAGACUAUGGCCCCAUGUUGAAACGCUUGAUUUUUCCCUGCAGAGACACGAAAGCCGGGUCAUUCGGUGCUGGCCCUGUUUGAGCGGUUAUACCCCAGAUAGCUAUGCCAUUCGUAUAAUGAAAGACUAUGGGAAAGACUUUGGCUCCAUGGCGAUUGAACUGUAUGUGCGUGCUCUGAGCGCCAUUCAGUAAUAAUGUGCGCUCAGAUCUGAGCUAUCUGGGGAUAUGUUGAAUGUACCUGUUUUAUGCAAUAGCUGCACAGUUAUAUAUUUUUAUGUGUUUUAUUGUAUUUUGCUGCCAUGUGUUCAAUGGAGUUUUGCCUCUGUCCUUGGAGAUAAUUGGAUUACUUCACAAUUAUCUCCAGGAUAGAAGACUCUGUGUAACUGGUUUUGGGCAGAAAAGCCAUGCUUCAUUUGGUCACAAAGGACUUCGAUCUAUCUUUUGAACCACUGGACCAAUUUGGAUGAUUUUGACGAAUGUUUGUAUUUGGAGUAUGCUGAUUCUGAAAAUGUUUUAUGUGAAUGUGAUGCAUACUUUUCAAGUUAUGAAUAAUGCGGAAAAACUGUAUUUCUCUGGCUGUUAUAAUUACAUUACCCAUUGUGUAAGGUAAUUGUAUCACAGGCAGAGGGGAGGGUUUUGUGUGGGAGUGUCUGAGUGUAUUGUACAUGUUUAUUGGUUGUUUUCCAAAACCCUGAGGGUGGUACUAAUGUUUAAGAAUGUGUACAUAACAAUAAACCCACAGGGAGCUUUGUCUCGUUCUUGGGGGGGAUUUAUUGUAUGCUGUUCCAGUUCGACUGCUAGGAGUGUAAACCUUUCGUAUGGUUUUUUCCUAUUCGGCUGUUUACAGCAUUCAUAUGGUUCCGGUUCAGCUGUUUACAGCAUUCAAAUGCUUCUCCGGUUCGGUGGAUUGGUGUCUAUAGUAGCUGUGUCUGUGUCUCUGGAAGGGGAAGAUCUUCUAAACGGCGGUUUAACCCUUUUAUGCUUAGGGUGCCGUUACAAGCCUCAAUAAGUGUAUAAGGCUAAUACAGAAAAGGAACUGAAGAAUGUUCAGGAUGUUUUCAGGAUUUUGCUAACACUUGACAUGUGCACAGUCGUUAUUCGGCAUGUGCCAUAACUCACACCCCACUUCCUUUAAUAAAACACAGACACCAGCUUUUCUGUUGGAAGUAUAUAGUCCACAGCUUUAUUUAAUUAUCAUUAUAAAUGUAACAAAUUGGGGUCAUUGCCAAAUAAUAUUGAUAUUUUAAUACAAUCUCCCUCCGUACAUAAAUACACCUGGCAAUGACCCCAUACCAUUAAAACAAUAUAUAACAAUAUAAAUAACAUAUAAGAUAAAACACGGCCUACUAACGAGGCCCAUAUCCAACUUUUUAAACUGUAGGGGUGUACCGAGACACCCCUACACCCCCAGAUUCGGAGCCACAGAUGAGCUCGAACAUACAAACCAAUUGGAACACUCCUGCCUAAUCCAGUCUAAAUCUUGCCAUGACCACUUCAUACUCCACCUACUUCCCAUUUAACCUAGCCCUUCCCCCGCCGCUGUGACCAAAAAACAACCUCUAAACCUCAGGGAGGGUGAGGGGGACAACUAACAGGUAAGUGAAGGCUUUGAUUAAAAUGGCCACUUGCUAAGAUGGCCGCUGUAGCAGCACCCCGAUAGACUGAGGGGUUUUUGCCGCCAAGAGAUGUCCUUUCUCCCCUGUUGUGAGAGGGAGGCUGUAGAGUGGAGCAGGAACAGCUCUUAGAAGAGCUAGUGAUUAUAGUACUUCAAAGAGCAAUCCCAGGAGCAGGGAUUGCAGCAGGUAUAACUUUACCCUACAAGCACGAGAUGAGGCUCUGUGUUGAAGGUAAAUCAGGAAGGUUUAAUGUGGCACACUGGCCUUUUAUACAGUUUUCCCCACAAGGUUACCACCCAGGUCGACCUUGUUGGCCACAGGGACACAGGAUCAACAAGCCAAUAAAAACAGUAUUUUACAUUCAGUCACUCCCAUACAGUGUACACAACUUAGUUAAUUACUGUAUCAACUCAAUUAUCUCCAAACGAAAAAUAGAACUAUUUUACACUUUUUUAGAAAUACCCCAACAAAACAGACAUUUCCUGAUAGCCCCGAUCUGGGGGAACAACAUAUUCAAAAAUCACCCAGAUCGGUUCAGGGAUUCAAAAGUUAGCUGGAGGUCACAUUUCUGCCCAGCCGCCCAUGAGGCUUAUUGCCCAGAAUAGUUCCAUAAGUUCAGCUGGGUCGACCGGUCUAUUUCAGGGGUAGGGAAACACAUUAAAAUAACGAAAUGACUGUUCGUGUAUCUGAUUCUCCAGUGUCUCUUGUUCGUGUGCUUCAAUGUACCGAACGCCACUGCGUUCGUAUGAAAAGUAAACGAAUUGCAGCGGUGUUUGUGUGAGCGAGUAUCUGAAAACCGUUCCAUGCGCUCAACGACAAAACACUGCUGGCCGUUCGACUGUUUAAGAUGUCCGCCGCCAUGUGUUCGUGCAUACGAACGACGACCACCCAGCCGUUUGUCAAUUAAGCUGCGGUUAACCACCGCUUCUGGGAGGUUAAUGAGCAGCACACUCCACUUGCAGGGUGGUCGGUAAUUAGUUCGGUUAUUUGAACAGAGUCAUACUGUGUAUAGGAGAUGUUAAAUUCACCGAACAAACCACAAACACAUAAUGUAUAAACACAUAAAUAUAAAAUCCAGGCAAAUAAUGAGAAAUAUAAAAUUCAGGGACAGAGAGGUCUGUCACAGUCACUCUAUAUCCCCUUAGUCUCCACCCCUAUAACCAAAUUACUAAACUCCAGCCCAUAAUUAUAUUAACCCUACAUGCCUACUCUCUGGACCUGUCAAGGCCCAUUCCCCUAUCUGCGCUGUUCCAUGGGCUAUAAAUGCACUAAAGGAACUUUCAAUUCCUUUUGUGUGUCAGCCUACUACACCUUUAUGUGGUACAUAUAAUAGCACUAAAAGAUGAUUCUAUGUAUCUUCUACCAGUUCAUAUCACUAUUGACCUUUAUUGCUAUACUGGAAAGCUAUUUCAAGUAUCUUCUAAGCUUUCUACACCACUGCUUUUACCACUUCACUUCAUCUAGGCGUUUUUCUACCCUGUCUAAAUAAGAAUAAACCUAUACAUCUUAUAAUGCUCUUGCUGUAGUAUUUUUUCCGUAAUAUAAAUAGUGACAUUAUAAAAGCCUGGAUUAUAGCAAACUUGUAGAUUUACUAAGGUAAUUAUUUUUAGAAGAGGUCCUUCAUUAUGUAUGCUACCUGACAGCCAGUUAUUUGCAGUCUAAAUGGGCCCAGUCCUUAACCCUUCCAUUUGCUGAUCGAUAUUCUUAUUAAAUAUCAAGGACUUCCGACAAAAUUACAUCGGUGUAGGCUAUAAGGAGCUAUCAGACCUUCUCAUUUGAGACCACUACUAAACCACUACUAAACUUAUACCAGGACUUACUCACGUCUACAGUGCCAGUCCCUCCAUUCACUUAUUCAUCAGUUAUGGUAGAUGGGAAUAAUCUACAAAUGGGAUCUACAGCAUUCUCUCAUUAAAAUAAACAAAUGGCACUUUCUGUUGAACGUUGCAGAAGUCUCUACCUUCUUACAAGAUUUGGGAUUUAAGCAUCCACACAAAGAAUCCCCUUCUGAACCAUGGGUUUCUCUUUUUCAUGGAUUUCCUGAUUACAUUAUAAAUUGUGACGAACUAAGCCUCAUCACGUGUUCUUGGAGGGGCAUGCUGGCCAGCCUCUUACCAAAAGACUAUGGGCCCUUAAAAAAACAAAAAACACUAUGUGAACACACUUGGUUUGUGGGAUUUUAUAUUUGGUUUGGGAACCGAACAGCUGCAUGAACCGGAGACUACCCUGGAGCUUGUUAAGCCUAAUUGCUACUUUGUAGCAAUUUCCACUGCAGUGUUCUAAGAGUUCGUCUGGGUGGCCACAAUUCCUAUGGAUGACCAUGAGGGGGUGGCCAUCUUGUUCCCGCGAAUGCAGGCAGCGGUGUUUGGGCAUAAGUCUCAUGGAGCUGAAAAUAGACACAGAAACUCCAGAACACCGCUGGACUUCCAGCAUCGCCUGCGUUCAGUUCUACAACACUUAGAAAGGCGCUGUUCGGUGCAAAACGUUCCCAUGAACAAGGUGAACAAGCUCAAGGAUAAGACUAUUGACUCUGUUCGGUAGUUUGUUUAUUUUUUAAACUACCGGACUACUCCGACCGCAAGCCCUGAUUCUCUGGAACUGUUUUGGGCAUGGGACCAUGCAGGCGGUCGGUCAAAUUAUGACUUCCAGGAAAUUUCUGAACCCCUGAACUAAUUUGGUUAAUUUUUGGAUAUGUUGGUCACCCAGAUCAAGGCUAUCCGGGGAUACAACUGCAGGGAUUUUGUGUUUUAAGAUAUUUUGGGGGGUUUGUAAAAAUGUAUGUUUUCUGGGCCUGGAGAUAAUUAACUUUAAUACAGUGCUGACUAAAUUAUCUCCCAUGCAUAGGGGAGGGAUUUUCCUAUUUUGAAUGGGAGUGUCUUGGACCUGAGAGCCAAUGUAAUGGUGUAUAUGUUUUUACUAUAGUCUACUCUCAGGUUCAGGUGCAUUUAUGGCCAGUUGUGGCUGCCAUUAAUUAGAUUAAUUUUACCCUUCAUGAAGUCUAGGCUCAUGUUUGGGGGAUUAGAGAGCUAUAUUCACUCUGGGGAUUCCUAUAAUCACUAUACUCUCUUGGAUCACAACGAUUACUCUUGUAAGAGCAGCCUGCUUCGCUCUCUGGACUAGGAGAGGUCUACCCACUGGAAGCUGGAUCCUGGUCUUGGGUCCAGGGUGGGUGGAGGACAGUGAGACCUCAACCAAGCUGUGGCGGUUUGUGGGGGUUAUGGUGUCCAGUCCGGUACUUAAGGAUUACUAGAAAGCAGCGAUUGCUGGAGGUACCCGGUAGGUUUGCCAGGCGGCCCGUCAAAUAACUAUUCUUAUUUCCUAAGAAGUCAGUAGAAGUAUAGAUCUGGGCGAUGCAGUGGAUCUCUACAAUGUGAGCUUGUUUGAGUAGGGCCCUCAAGACCCUCUGUUCAUGUGCCUCCAAGUUAUCUGUUGAUCCACCUAUUUUACAACGUUGAAAAAUUUGUUGGAGCUUUAUAAAUAUAAAUAAUAUGAUCUUCUUGGAUUUUGCUAAGGCAUUUAAUACAGUUCCACUCAAAAUGUUACUCUACAAAUGAAUGUUACUCUACAAAUUAAUGCAUUUGGUUUAGAUGAACAUUUUUCUUGGGUUGCAUACUGGCUUAAGAUUUAGUACAGAGAGUCGUUACUAAUGUAAGAAUUUCAAGUUGGCAAAAUGUAAUAUUUUGGGUCCCUCAGGGGUCACCUGUGGGUCUACAUCUCUAUAAUCUGUUUAUUAAAGGAUCUAUUUAGUGUCAGGAAAACAAACCAUUUUCCUGACACUAUGUCAUCCUUGGGGGACGCUCAGCAGCUUACCUUAAUCCAGCGAUGGGCUCUCUCAGCGCUGGUAACCUCUUCUCCCCCGCCGAUGUCAGCAGAAUGCGCAUGCGCGGCAAGAGCCGCGCGCGCAUUCUAACAGUCCAUAGGAAAGCAUUUCUCAAUGCUUUCUUAUGGAGGUCGCAGAAUCACCUCUAGCGGCUGUCAGGAAGACAGCCUCUAGAGGUUGGAUUAACCCUGCUAUGUAAACAUAGCUGUUUCUCUGAAACUGCUAUGUUUACAUGUGAAGGGUUAAAACCUGAGGGACUUGGCACCCAGACCACUUCAUCCAGACCACUUCAUUAAGGCGAAGUGGUCUGGGUGACUAUAGUGUCCCUUAAGGACCAAACUUCUGGAAUAAAAGGGAAUCGUGACAUGUCACACAUGUCAUGUGUCCUUAAGGGGUUAAUGAUCUUACAAUGGGUAUUGAAAAUCAUGUGUUAAUGUUUGGAGUUGACACAAAACUAGCUAAGGUAUUAAAGUAUGAGAAGGAUAUUAUUUUGCUGUAGGGGAGUUGGCUAAGGUAGGGGCUGGGCACCCAAUUACCACAUGAGAUUUUAUUUAGAUACAUUUAUUUACAUAAAGUUAUGCUUUUUGGCGUAACAAACACAAAAACAGUGUGGAUGGUAUUCUUUUUUACUAUAGGCCUUGUUGACCCCUCUCCAAACAUAGCGCUUAUGGUUGUGACCAUAACUCUUUAUUUUGGUCUUGUCACUCCAAAUUACAGUGUGCCAGAAGCUGUGAGGCAUGACAAUGGGUUGUCGGCAUAUUGUAACAGAGUUUUUUUGUGGAAUUGGCGUAGUAAAGGCUUAAUUCUGGCAACUCGACCAUGCAGCUCAUUUUUGUUCAAGUAUUGUCAUAUUGUGCUCCUUAAAACAACCACACCGUCUUUUUCCAGAGCAGCCUGUAUUACUCCGAAGGUUACCUUUGGGUUUUUCUAUGUAUCCCGAACAAUUCUUCUGGCAGUUGUGGCUGAAAUCUUUCUUGGUCUACCUGACCUUGGCUUGAUAUCAAGAGAUCCCUGAAUUCUCCACUUCUUAAUAAGUGAUUGAGCAGUACUGACUGGCAUUUUCAAGGCAUUGCAUAUCUUUUUAAAUCCUUUUCCAUCUUUAUAAAGUUCCAUUACCUUGUUACACAGGUCUUUUGACAGAUCUUUUUGGCUCCCCAUAGCACAGUAUCUAGCCUGCUCAGUGCAUCCACGUGAGAGCUAACAAACUCAUUGCCUAUUUAUACUUCAUAUGAUCACUAUUCUUCAAUAAAUUUUUUUUUUUUUUUGCUUGAUCCAUCAUAUUCCCAAAAUCAAUGCCAACAUUUUCUUGAUUUAUGCCAGGGUAUACAAACUUUUGAGCACAACUGUUAUUGUCUCUACUUUACCUAUGAUGUUUUAUUGAAAUCUUAAUGCAGCCUCUAAAACACUGCAUUAAGAUUACUUGGUUCACCAGUAAAAAGGUAAGUUAAACACCCCCCCCCCCUUUCUUUUAAUUUUAUUUGGGAUGGGCUAAAGAUAAACACGGAGUAGAACACUAUAGCUUUAGAAAUACAUAUUUGUAUUCUUAAUGCUAUAGUGUUCCUUUAAUACUGCGAGUAUACCGCAAUGGAUAUCUGGCUCCCCUUACCUUGUAGAAGCAAAGAGUUAAAGACAGAAACAUAUUUUAGCAGUCAGUCGGAUUAAUUCUGAUCUGUAAAUGUCAGCAGAUAAUCCCAGCUGCAGAAAAAUAAAUUUAAAUGCAGCUUUAAAAAAAAUAAUAAAUAAAUAUAUAUAUAUAUAUAUAUAUAUAUAUAUAUAUAAAAACAAAUGAUCUAAUGCAUACCAUUAAGUAGCCGAAUACGGAAACAAGAUGAAAAUGGGAGUUAAUCUUGGCAAAGAGAUUAAACGGGGUCUGGGGCAUGGGUUUCUGGUCUGCAGAUUCACACAGUAUGCUGUGAUUUGGGAAUGAUCGUAAGCACGAAGGGUCUGCUUAUACCAGGCGAUCUAGCAGUAAAAUAUAGAAACCAGACAGAGCACUGCAGGAGAGAGACAAUGGAGGAUAUUAAAUCCUCGCUGUCAUACCGGGUCAGUGAGAAUCACCCUACCAAUCAGCCUGUUCCCUUGCUCUCACACGUAAAGAGGCGCUGCGGGCUUGUAUGUGUACUGAGUAGGGUUUGUUAUAAUUAGUUAUACUGCAUGUGGGUUUUAAAUAAACUGCUUUUUUAAUUUUGUAUUUUUUUGUAUUUUUUUUUUUUUUUUGCUUUUCUUCACAAGUUAAUUCCAUUUUCUUGCUCCAAGAAUACAGGGUUAUGUCAUUAGUCUGACAGAAAAGUAAAUGCUAUUGCAGUGUUUACUGGAGUGACUGAAACAGCGAAGGUAAAAAAUAUACUUACCUCUAGUGCACUUUUCCCCCAAGGUUGCCAUACCGAGGUAUGCAUACGUCACUGCAUGCAGGGCCCUUUAAGAGCCCAUUGGGCCUGGUGCUGACAAUUAUGAUGGGCCUAAUUACAGAAUCUUAUUGAGAGAAAACAGUUCCACCUCCCAAGUUUCAUGUAUCUGGUGGAGGUGGUGCUGGAGGGAAACUCACAGUAUAUAUCCCAUUGUACAGCACUAUGAAAUCUGAUGGCGCUAUAUAAAUAAUCAAAUAAUAAUAAUAAUAUAUAGCUAUCAGAAAACAGAUACCCUAUGCUAAUCUCUCGCUUUCAUCAUUCAAUUAAAUCCAUUCCCCCUAACAGCAGUGUCCAGUGAAGCAGGAUUUCGGUGGGCAAGGUAAAAGGGUUCACCACUGACGCAAGCCACGUAACCAGUAACCAGGUCAGAGGGAGCCUUGACAGAGGACUGAGUAGGGCUAGGCCAUCAAUUGUCAGGCAGAAAGCGUAUUUAUAUCAUGCAGGCAUGGUUGAUCAUUAGUGGGAGGUUCCUGGGGGGGUGUAACUGGGAACAUCAAGUGAGGGGCAGGCAUCUAGCUAUGCUCUUCCCAAAUUGGUUUUUGGAUGGGCACCUUCAUAUCUUGGCAAGCUAGGAGGUUUUUGGUUCAUUGUCCAUGUUAACGCACCUAUUUAUAGUUCCAGCUUUGGCGGGACAAUGAAUUUUAACUAGAAAAGCUACAAUUUCUGGGGAAAUUGUGUGAAGUGUUCUUGCCUCCACCAGUAGGCUACAACUGGAGUGGGUGAAGUAACUGUUAUUAUUUAUAUAUAUAUAGCACAUUUAAUUGCAACGUUGUUGCCCAAAGUGCUUCACAGUUACAUUAACCCCUUAAGGACUGAGCCAAAUGUACAUGUUGUGAUCAAAACAAAACGUAAACAAAACCUGGAAUUUGCGCUAUAUGUCUGUUCAGGCGUAAUUCGCCUCUUUCAUAUUAUGUGCACCCACACUUAUUAUAUAUCAUUUUAUUCAGGGGAAACAGGGCUUUCAUUUAACAUCAAAUUUUAGGUAUAAAACAUAAUUUAAUAUGAAUAAAAUAUAAAAAAAUGGGAGACAAUAAGAAUUUUUACAAAAUAUUUAGUUCUACGUGACAUUCUAACUGUGAAUGUCAUAAUACUGUUUGACUUUACUGCAAUAAAAUACACAUAUUUCUAUUCAGCGAUGUCUCAUGUGUAAAACAGUACCCCCCAUGUACAGGUUUUAUGGUGUUUUGGGAAGUUACACGGUCAAAUAUAGCAUGUUACAUUUUUCAGUUUUUUCACACUGAAAUUUGGCAGAUUGGUUACGUUGCCUUUGAGACCGUAUGGUAGCCCCGGAAUGAGAACUACCCCCAUGAUGGCAUACCAUUUGCAAAAGUAGACAACCCAAGGUAUUGCAAAUGGGGUAUGCCCAGUAUUUGUUAGUAGCCACGUGGUCACAAACACUGGCCAAAAUUAGUGUUAAUAUUUGAAAUUGCAAAAAACUAAUUUGAACGUCAAUUUUGGCCAGUGUUUGUGACUAAGUGGCUAUUAAAAAAGACUGGACAUACCCCAUUUGCAAUACCUUGGGUUGUCUACUUUUGCAAAUGGUAUGCCAUUAUGAGGGUAAUUCUCAUUCCUGGGCUACCGUACGGUCUCAAAGGCAACGUAACCAAGCUGGCGAAUUUCAAUGUGAAAAAACUGAAAUGCAAGCCUUAUAUUUGAUUCUAUACCUUUUGAAACCACCAUAAAACCUGUACAUGAGGGGUACUGUUAUACUUAGGAGACUUCACUGAACACAAAUAUUAGUGUUUCAAAAUGGUAAAACGUAUCACAACUAUUAUAUUGUCCGUGUAAGUGCCAUUUGGGUGUGAAAAAUGCAAGAAAUGUCACUUUCACUGACAAUAUCGUCGUUGUAAUACAUGUUACUGUUUUGAAAUACUUAUAUUUGUGUUCAGUACCCCCCAUGUACAGGUUUUAUGGUGUCUUGGAAAGUUACAGGGUUAAAUAUAGUGCUAGCAAAUUAAAUUCCCUGGACUUUUGGCCUGGGUUGUCAGGCUGGUCCUGCUAAUUGUAAUUAAUAAAAUUACCUAGUUAUGUAAAAUUAUUACAUAAAUAUAUACGUAGAAUUAUUAUAUAUAUGUGUGUAUAUAAAUAUAUAUAUAUAUAUAUAUAAAUAUAUAUAUAUAUGUGUGUAUAUAAUUUUUUUAAAUUAUUUUUUAUUUAUAUAUAGGUAUAUAUAUAGUGAUAUAUACGUAUAUACUUAUGUAUAUAGAUAUAUAUAUUAUUUCUUUCUACAUUUAUUUUGAUAUCAAUAUAUAUAUAUAUUAAUUUUAAAAUACAGUUAGAACGAAUUUACACAUAUAUAUUUUUUAUUUAUUUAUUUUUUAAUUUUUUUACGUAUUUACAGAUUUAUUUAUUUUAUAUUAUAUAUAAAUAUAUAUAAUUAAAAUGAUAUAUAUUUAAUCAAUAUUGUACAUGUAUUUUGAUAUUAAUAUAUAUAUAAUUAUGUAUCUAUUAAUAUUAAAAUACACGUAGACAGUGUAUGUGUAUUUAUGUGUAUGUAUGUAUAUGUGUGUAUAUAUAUAUAUAUAUAUAUAUACUUAGAUCAUAUAUAUAAUAAAUAUAUAUAUGAUCUAAGUAUAUAUAAUGUUAUUUUACACUGUUUUAACAUUUAAUUAUUUUAUUUUCAGACAGCAGAGGGAGUACCUGUCAUUACAGGCACUCCCCCUGCUGGCAAAGCCUUGGACGGCUAUGUUGUCCAUGUGAUCGUGAGGUCCUCGCAAGGACCUCGCGAUCACAUGGCGCAGGGGGGGCGAAGAGGAAGUAGGGGAACUCCCUGGGCUCCCAGGUGAGUCCCCAUACCGCGAUCGCCUGCCUGGGAUCACCGGCGACCGGGUAAGUUCAAAGGACGGUUUGGCCGUUCUAUGCCGCCCUGCGGCGUUUAGAGACGCUUCCUUAAGGGGUUAAAACAUACAUUUAUAAAAACAUUAGCAGGUGUUCAAAAGGCCCUGUCUAUGACAUCACUUGCUGCUCCAGCCUGGCACAGGUCAGUGGCGGAUCCAGGGGGGGGCAACGGGGCAAUUGCCCCCCCCCGAGAAAUCCGCCGGUCUCCCUCUCCCUCCCCUGUCAGCACAUGCAGGUGCUAGAUCCUGAAAUGUGUCUGCGGACCGGGGGGGAGAUCAGAGAUCUCCCUCCCCGGUCCACAGGCACUGUGCUGGCGGCCGGCAGGGGAGGGAGAGGGAGUGAGAGAGGACCCGGGAGCUGAGUCUGCAGCUCCUCCGGGUCCUCCUCUUGCGAGAUUUGGAGCGUUGCCGCGGUUAGCUCACUCUCCCCAAUGGACCACCAGGGAUCGAAAUAUGUCCCCCCUCCUCCCCAGUAAAGGUAAGAAGGGAGGGGGGACAUAGGAUAUUUAUUUAUUUUAAUUAAAUUAAAAAAUAUUAUAUUAUUAAAAAAAAAAGCCACCCUACCCUGAUCACACACAUACAUUGCCCCCAAUACUGCCCCCCCUUCACACAAACUGCCCCCCCAUUCACACAAAAUACUGCCCCCUAUAAACACAAACUGCCUCCCCACAAACUGCCCCCAUUCACACAAACUGCCCCCCAUUCCACAGGCCCCCAUUCACACAACUGCCCCCCCCAUUCACACAAACUGCCCCAUUCCACACAAACUGCCCCCAUUCACACACACACACUGCCCCCAUACACACACACAUACUGCCCCAUACACACAUACUGCCCCCAUACACACACCCCCAUACACACACUGCCCCCAUACAUAUACUGCCCCCCAUACACACAUGCCCCCCCAUACACACACACUGCCCCUAUACACACACACUGCCCCAUCAUACACACACACUGCCCCCCCACAUACACACACACUGCUCCCCCAUACACACACACUGCCCCCAUACACACACACAUACUGUCCCCAUACACACACUGCCCCCCAUACACACACUGCCCCCCAUACACACACACUGCCCCCACAGACAGACACUGCCCCCUAUACACACACUGCCCGCCAUACACACAAACUGCCCCCACAUACACACACUGCUCCCCCAUACACACAUACUGCCCACCAUACACACACACUGCAAUACUCACACACACUGCAACUGUUACACACAUACACUGCAUCCCUGACAUACACUGCCGCCCUCACUCACACACUACAACCUUCACACACACACACUGCACCCCUUACACAUUGCACCACUCACACACCACUGCUCCUAUGCCCUACUACAGCCCCAUUUCCCAGCAGAUCUCAGGUAAGUUGUCAAACUGUUCUUAAACGGUUUGACUACUUACUGUGGGAGGGGGUCCCGGCACUAUUGACACCAUAACCACUACACUGAGCUGUAGUGGUUAUUGUGUCUGGAUUAUUUAUUUAAAUAAUCUAAUAGUGCCCCUCCCGAGAUCAGGCUCUGGAUCCGCCACUGGCACAGGUCAGAGUAGUUUGGCGGUUGCCAUCUUCAAACGGUCGUAUUUUAAAUCCUACAGCAAAGAGCUUUAUAUUGUGAGAAUCACAAGACCCAGACCUACAUUUUGAUGCAUAGUAUGUCUCUGAAGUAUUAAAAAUGAAGGCACAGUCGCAGUUUAGAAAUUGCCCAUCAAAUUUGAGCUGGCUAGAGUGGAGUUUCAAUGAAUGUCAAUGGACAGCGUGAGUUGCAAACAAAUGGUCAUAUUGUGAAAAAUAUCAGAACUAUGGCUUAGCCGUGGACAUGUUUAGUGGCAGCAGGGAUAGCUGAACGUUUUGAUAUAAGAUUUGUGUAGGUGGGCUUGAAAAUGAGGGAGUGGUGGCAGUUUAGAAAUCAUGUCCUGAUUUUUCAGCUUCUGCCAGCUCCCACUCUAGUUUUGAACUGUAACGGACCGUUUUGCACACAAGAGGUUAAAAACCGUGUAGGCGAUAUUCCCCUUUUCAGAUGCACAGACAGCUACUGCAAUCACCAAUCUCCCGAACUGCAAACACAUGAAUUCACCAAUCUCCCGAACUGCAAACACAUGAAUUCACCAAUCUCCCAAACUGCAAACAAAUGAAUUCACCAAUCUCCCGAACUGGAACCAGGGGAAUGCUCCAAACUCCCGAACAGGAAACACACGAAUGCUGUAAACAGCCAUACAGGAAAAACCAUACGAACAGUUUACACUCCUGGCAGUCGCACUGUAACAGCAUACAAUCCAAUUCCCCCAAAGAACGAGACGACACUUCGUUUGAGGGUCAAGUAGAACUUAUUUACUGGGGCUACCUGCCCAGCAUUUAUGCAGGUCUCCCACUUGGUGGACACUCCCCUAGGGGACCAGAUGGAAGACUGGGAAACAUAUUGGACAUUGACCAGUCACAAGCUUACAAUCCCACAAUGCAUCACAUAGAACAUACACAUUCUACCUAUCCCCAGAUAGCUUAGAUCUGAGCGCACAUUAUUACCGGAUGGCGCUCAGAUCACAUACAUACAGUUCAAUCGCCAUGUUGCCAAAGUCUUUCAUACAGUCUUUCAGUAUACGGCUGGGCUCCAUGGCAUAGCUAUCUGGGGUAGCAUGGUUUAAACAGUAAAGUACCGAAUGGACCGUUGUUUGGAUAAUUGACUGCAGAUAGGAGAAGGGAGGUCGGCGGCUCAGCGGUGUUCGUGACUUUAACAGUCCGCAGAAAGGCACGAACCAGCCUUUCUGCAGGGAAAAAGAACAGUGUUAAACAUGGGGCCAUAGUCCAGCAGCAGGAGGCGGGUGACCAGGCUCCUCCAGUGGCCAGUGGUGAGGUUGGUUCCGCCACAUGAACAUUUUGCCAUUCAUUCCUAUGGGACCAACUUCACCACAAGAACGAUGAUAUUCCGUGAACCAUUCGGCGAAACGUUCCACAAAGUAAUAGCAAUCCAAUCGGGAACAAUCCGCAUAUUUUGGUAUAUUACUGUCUAUGUAGUGUAAAAACUGUGGGAGGAGUUAGGGUGGUAAAUUUGGCUAUAAUAAGAAUAAUAUAUGUGAGAUAGCAUUAAGUGGUCUUGCUAUGCAAGAACACUUAAUAAAUUGUCUGUGCCUUUCGUACCCUAUACUGUUGUUUUUUUAAUUAUAAUGGCAAGCUUAGCCCGAACAUCGAAGGUACAGCGGUCAAAGCAUUUACACAGUGUGCAAAGUCAAGUUUACUUUAAUUUAUAGUCAUCCAGUCCUCAUGGGGUUCCUUCCCCUACAUCCCUCCUAAGUUCCCAUACUUAUUUCCUUCUGCACAAAGUAAGAGCAUGUGACGAGUAGUAAAUGUUAAUCUGACCCUGUCUGCAAUGUGUCCUACAAAACAUGUAAAUUAAACUAAAAAGGAAUGUAUGAUGAAUUAAAUAUAAAAUGUUUAGCAGAGCCAAAAUUUGAUUGUGCUCAAAUGUGAGAAAUGACCGGGCGGGCCACUUUAGGGAUUACAAUUAUUGAGUCACCUCUUAUUUUGGGCAUAGAUAAUCCAUAUGUCCUCGUUCUAUACAGUGUUUAUAGGUGUGUUUCAUUUAAAGGGUUACUGACACUUCCCUGUAUUUUCUAAUGUAAUAUUAGGUUUAUUUAUCACCUAUAUUUAAAAAUAUGUAUAGUAUUUGUGAGUUUUGAAAAAUAAAAUUUAAAUGUAGAAAUCCACACUUCUUUAUCCUGCGCCUGGGUGUCUCCAUCUCAGCUCCCUGGCAAUAAUUCGUAUAAGCUCUGUGUUGUGCACCUGGCAGUCGGCACAGAGAGCAUUGUCAGACACAUUAUGCCAUGAAGUAGCAUACAGAGAGGAGGGUACAUCAAACAAAGCAUCUGUUUCUGUACCUCAUUUGCAAUGUGUGCCAUUUUAAGGUGUAAAAUGCUAAAUCUUUAAUACACACACAAAAAAGAACAUUUUUUUUUCUUUUUUUUUUUCACACCAGAAUAUAGUAUUUUAUUUAAUUUCUUGUGUAGUCAAAAAAAAGAACAUUUAAUAAAAAAAAAAAAAAAAGGUUAACACAGCUUAUUGGCAAUUUGUUUAUUGUUUUGUUUUAUUCUGUGGUGUGAAUUCCAGAGAAGUAGCAGUCCUCAUUUAACAAGUAUAGGUCAAGAUUACUUUUGCACAGGCCUGACCAACAUAUGCACUUAUAUAUCAUGCCAACAAUCAGACAGUGUGGGCUGACACUGUAACAGAGCUCCAGUACUCUGGCUGAUUACCUCCGCCCAGUCCACUUUCUGCCUGCUUCAGUUCCUUUCCAAGGCGGGUAUCCACACCUCUGCCUCCACAAUGACCAGCUACUGCCCUUACAAAGGCACUUGCCGCUGUCAGGCCAAGCUCUUGUCCUAGGAUCCAGGGACUAAGCAGUCAGCCACCAGGCCCGAAGACUCUGUUAGUGGGUGUGCAAACACCACUUUCCAUAGAUGUUUGACACUGACUCCUGAAGGAGUGUUGAAGCUGGCCUCCUGCCCACCGACUAAGGGCCAGGUCAGCGACUGUAAACACCAAUAUUCUAUUCCCCCUGGUUCCUCUGGUUCGGCAGUUUCCAUUCGUGCGCAUUGAACCGAACGCUCGCUCUCUGGCAGCCUUUCGUAUGGACCGAAACUGCGAAUAGACUUCAGGUGGACUUAGCCGCUAAUGCCUUGGAACUAUUUUCGUCAUGAAGUCUUUGCGGUUCCCAGUCGGUCCCCAGCGCCCUUUAGCCGCGAUUUUAUGCAACUAUUUUGGGCAUAGGACCAUGCAUGCAGUCGGUCAAAUUAUGACUUCCAGGAAAAUCCUGAACCUCUGAACCGAUCUGAGUAAUUCUUGGAUAUGUUGGUCACCCAGAUUGGGGCUAUCAGGGGAUGUAACAUUUAGGGGGUUUUAUGUAUUUUUUUUUAUAAUUCUUUAUUUUUCUUGUGCAUACUUUUACAAACAGGCCUGUAGCGCCACGACAGCGAGUACAAGCUUUACAUUGGUAUACAAUAUCAUGACGGAGUUGUCAGCACAUUUAAUUUUAUAAAAUAUCACGCUUAGAGUACUAGUGUAACAUUCAUAUAUAUUAAUUAGACUAUGCUUACACACAUAAGUAGAUUGUCGUUGCUUCGUUAGCGAGUUUACUGACUGUUUAAGCUAGCCUCAGUCACAUUCUAGUGGCUGCAGUAAAUGAGAAUGCAUAUUGUUCCCUGCUUAAUACAACAUUACCAUUCAAGUGGUUGAUAACUGCUAAUGAUAAAGUUUUGCAUGUUGGUUAAUGAGCUCUUAUUAGGCUGAUUACAAUAAUGAGUAGCCAUCUUUCUUAGCUGCCUAAGCUUCGUGAGAGUGGUUGCAGGUUAUGCUGGGCUAGAGCAUGAGUGGCUAUAUCAAACUCUAAAGCAGCCGUAACCCUUAUGAUUAGACUGUAAAAUGUCCACCCCAGGUGGUUUCCACGUCGGUCAGGCGAAGGGUCUGUGUUUGCCUGUCAGGAGACCAGUCUUUAUUCAGUGAGGAUAGUUUCUUUGGUGGGAGAAGCUUAGGUGCCUGCUGCACUUCUGAUAUUCUCUUGUUAGCUGGUCUGUCAGGUGUUUGUCGUGGGCUGGUGAGAGAUCUCAGGCAUCCCGUCUGCUGUGAAUGAUCAGACCAUGCAUUUCGACUCCCUCUCGGUGCGCUGCUUAGUAUGGUAGGGUAAACCAGUGUGCAGUGACAGUUCUUUUUGUUUUUGUUGUUCUGCCGCUCCGCUCAUGGGAUCCUAGCACCCACUCUGUCGGCUCUCACCCCGACCGGCUCGGCGAUCUGUCUGUGUGGCUGCAGGAGAGGUGAGUGCGCUCGGCUGUUAUCAGGGUCACUUGCCAUGUGGUCUCCGCCAUUUUGGACACGGCUUUCUCUGCCUCAGCUUCAAGCGCCGGCCUUGUUGUGGUACGAUGGGUCUCGGGGUGGGGACCGGGAUCACCCCCACCGGUCCAAAGGGGGGGGAACGGAGCCGGACCCGCCUAACCCCGGAUUGCUGCCUUACCACUGGUGGGCAGGAUAGCCAGGCAGCGGCCGUCCACCUCGCUCACCGCCCGAGCGGUCCGCAUCGUGUGACUUGGAUCGCCCCUCCGAGGGACUAAAACUGCUCAGCAAGCCUCUCCUCGGGACCAGGGUGGCCUCUUGCACCGGUGCUCGGCAGCCAGUUGUCAGGUAAGCUUGAUGCCGUUUUUUUUGGGCUAAAACUGGAGGUUUUUACAGGAGCUACUCCAUUUUGCGUCCUUUCAGCCUGGCGGUCCGGCCCCGCCCCUGGUUUUAUGUAUUUUUAAGGUACUUAUGGGGUGUUUGGGAAAUGUGUGUUUUUUGUGCCUGGAGAUAAUUUAGUUUUGUACAUUCCCUGACUCAAUUAUCUCCUAGGCACAGGGGAUGGAUUAUCUUGUUUUGUAUGGGAGUGUCCUGGACCUGAGAGCCAAUGUAAUAGUGUGUAUGUUAUUAAUGUAGUCUACUCUCAGGUCCAGGGGGAGUGCCCCUUGCAUGGGAACCUGCAUAUAAGGCCAGUUGUGGCUGCCAAUAAACGUAUCCCAGCUUGUACUCCCAGAACUAUGUGUCGUCUGGUUACUGGGAGGGGAAAGGGCUAAUCACUAUUCCAGUGUGGAGGAUUCAAAGGGGAAAGUCCUUGUAAGGACUAGAGCCUAAAGGACUGAGUGUCAUCCAGCGCCUGGGGGUGGAUAGAGUGAGUUCCCCAUUUGGCUCCAAGAGGGAUUGGUUCCAGGACCCGGGUCAAGCCACGGCGACUGUGGGCAGAAGUUCUGCGGUUUGUCUCCUGUUCCAGCUAGGAAGCGGUCCUUGGCGGAGGUACCCAGCCAGGGGUAAUUACAUUGGUGGUAGCGGUGGGAUGGCUUCCUAGCCAUGGGAAAUCCAGCACUACUUUGCAGGAAGUAUUGGCGAGUGUGAGGAACUGAACCUUGUCACGGGUGCUUGGAGAGGCCUGCUGGCCAGCCUCUUACCAAAAGACUAUGGGUCCUUUAAAAAAACUGUGAACAAACUUGGUUCAUGGGAUAUUUGGUUCAGGAAACGAACAGCCGCACGAACUGGAGACCACCCUGGAGCUUGUUAAGCCUAAUUGCUACUUUGUAGAAAUUUCCACUGCAAGGUUCUAAGUGUUCAUCUGGGUGGCUGCAAUUCCUAUAGAUGACUAUGAGGUUACGGCCAUCUUGUUCACAUGAAAACAGGCAGUGGUGUUUGGUCAUCGAGUUCAUGGAACUAUUUCGGACACUGAAACUCCUGAACACCGCUGGACUUCCAUGAUCGCCUGUGUUUGGUUUUAAAACACUUAGGAAGACACUGUUUGGUGGAAACGUUCCCACGAACAAGGGGAACAACUCCAGGGUGGUCUCCGGUUCAUGCAGCUGUUCGGUUCCUGAACCAAUUAUAACAUCCCAUAAACCAAGUCUGUUUACAUAGUGUUUUAAAAAGGGCCCAUAGUCUUUUGGUAAGAGGCUGGCCAGCAGGCCCCUCCAAGCACCCGUGACGAGGUUUAGAGAAAUUAGAAAAUUUGGGAAAAUGGGGGCGAGUUAGCCCCUGGGCAGCACUCAUAUCCAAGGAGGAGAGUGACCUGGAAUGGAGAGAUGCAGCCUGGAAAGAACUAUGAUAUGAUUCCCUGGAGGAAGCUCAGUUUAAGUGGAAGGAGAGCCUUCUUGGUACAGCGCACUGCUUGGUACUGCACCUUGAGUCCCUAGUAGAGAGGGAACUGAUCCUGGACAACUCAUACCAGGUGCAAUGGUGGUGCACAGUUCAGCAAGAGACUUGGAUGGCACAGGACGUUCAGCCAGAGGGGGAGAACUACAGUAGCCCUGGCCUGUUGUGGAAGGCCUUUGAGAAGGAUGACGACUUCUGCAGUCCGGCUAAAUCGCGGUACUGGGCUAGCAAUUAUUAUCGGGAAGCUAUGCUAUGGGGCCCGGGAGCUACCUCAUCUGUCUAGUUGCCAUGGAGCGGGAACUGGAAAUAAACUAUGUAGAACUGCUAGACUCAGUUCAGCCACAGGACGUUGACACAGAGCAGGGAAGCUAGGUGGCUGAUCCAGACCUACCACACUGCAGGUGGGGAGACCUGGCUGCUCCACCCCCUGUUUCACUACCAGCUCCAGAAACAGGGGACCUUAUAGACUGGUCCUGGGAAGACAUCCAGUUCGCAGGUGGAGAUGGGACAAGGCCUGUCCAGAUCCCCAACAGCAGUGUACACUACAGGGGGAAGAGACAACCAACCUCUCUCCCCAGCCCCAGCAGAAGUAGUCCCCUCUUCUGUGCUGGUCACCUGGGGACCUCCUACACUGGUCCUGGGAGGACAUCCAAUUGGCCGGGGCAGCCUGUCCAGAUCCCCAACCACAGAUGGCAGAUGGAGAUGUUAGGAGUGGGGACAGUAGGUCCCCCUCCCUAGCGGACCACAGAGUUGCAGGGAGAGAAGUGUGUCAACCUUCUUCCCCAGCGGCAGAGCGCGUUAAUGGGAGAGGAGAUGGUUGGUCUCUCUCCCCAGCGGCAGACAGAGUUACAGGGAGAGGAGAGUAUCGUUCUACAUCCCUAGCGGCAAGGUGAGUUACUGGGAGUGGAGACGUUCGGUCUCACUCCUCAGCGGCGGUGUGCAACACAGGGAGUGGAGACGUUCGGUCUCACUCCCAAGCGGCGGUGUGCAACACAGGGAGUGGAGACAUUCGGUCUCACACCCCAGCGGCCGAGUAUGUUAGAAGGAGCGGAGACAAUGGGUCCCACUCCCCAGCAGCAUGGCAAGUUAUUGGGAGUGAAGACGGUCGGUAUCACUCCCCAGCGGCAGUGUGUGUUACAGGGAGAGGAGACGACUGGUCCCUUUUCCCAGUGGCAGUAUGCAUUACAGGGAGAGGAAUAUAUCGUCCUUUCUCCCCAGCAGCAGGGUACUAUACAGGGAGUGGAGACAGUCGGUCUCAUUCCCCAAAAGCAGCAGGGGUAACUGGGAGUGAAGAUGGUUGGUUUCACUCCCCAGCGGCAGUGUGUGUUACCGGGAGUGGUGAUGGGCAGUCUCACAAUCCAGGGAGAGGAGAGUAUCGUCCUCCAUUCCCAGCAGCAGUGUGUGUUCCGGGAAGAGGAGGCUCUCCUCUCCUCAGUGGCAGGGCUUUUUACAGGUAGAGGAGACAACCGGUUUCUCUCCCCAGUGGCAGUGCAAGUUACUGGGAGUGGGGACAGCUGGUCCCACUCCCCAGCGGCAGGAGUUACCACCUAGAGAGGAGAAUUGCACCCUUAAUCCCCAGCGACAACUUGGUCUGCACGGAGUGGAGUGCAGCAGUUUUCCUCCUCAGCAGGACCCUGGAUUUACAAACGGAAGCUUGUGGCAGGUGGCCCUCUUUACAACUGACCCUUUUGAGAAGGGUCACCAGACUAACACAGACCCAGACCGACUGGAUGUCUAGGGUCUGGUUAGUCUCUCCGGAAGGGGGAAUAUAAAUGACAAACGCCUCUCUCCACAAACGUUUGCCACGGACUCCUGGAGGAGUGUGGAAGCUGGCCUCCUGCCCACCGACUGUCACAAACAUCUAAGCCUUUUUUUCACACUAUGAGUGAUAAAUGCUUGUGUUAAUUUAGUGCCCAAUCUACGUGAAAUCGUUGACUCUAAUGUGGGGGGGCACUUAGCUGAAAGAUUUAAAUUUUGGUGCCAAAGCUGAAAGCCUGAUGCCUGUUCCAAUGGAUGACCAAAGUGGUGUUUGGUGAAUGAGUAGGGAUUCAGGAAGGCCCAGCCUCCUUAGUCGCACCUGUGCGGGAGUGGUGUCCUCUUAAAGGGAGAAGGGGCAGACCGAGGCAGGGGGGUGUGUAUGGGAGGCGGACGUGAUGGGGGUAGGGCGUUCAUCUUCUCCCCUAUUUACCAGCACUCCUCCUAUCUCUCAUUGCUCAUUUAUACUGUUCUCCUGAUAGUGUUCAUAUUUUUGGUAUUUAACACUUGCCUGCCUUCCCAUUUAAGAGCCUGUGCUGCCUGACCUAACUUUUGCCUUUCCUGACCAUUCUUACAUUUAAUCCUUCUAUGAUCCGAGAUCUUGGGAUUGUGCUAUCCAGCACCCUGCUGCAUUGUGGGCUCUGUACUCUAAAUUGCGCACCUUACAGAUAAAGAAAAUAAUUACAGAGAGACAGUAUAAAUAAAUUGCAGUAACAUCAAUUUGAGUAAUUUCUAUUUAGACGAUAAUCCCCUUCAUCGACAACUUUUAGAAUAAUAAUUUUUGCACUCACUUGCAUCCCAAUUCUGUUGUUCUUGUCUUAUACAAUUGAGUUGUAAUUGGCAGGAUCUCUUUCACUAUUUAGGCGAGAUUUAUUUUCUUUCCGUCUGUCUAGAGCUUUUUCAUUACGAUGUCUGUUGUAUAUUAAUGUACAUGUUUAUUUUGUUUCUGGUCUCUGUGUCUUAAUAAAAGUUACAUUUUAACCCAAUAUUAAAUUCCUUUUUUACCCCUGGUAAAACACUCCAGUUUUCUCAGUUUUUAUAAAUAAAAUUAAACUCCAGGACUCAGCAAAAAGGGUUUAAUGGUCGCUUUAUUAAGCCAUCCAAAAGGGCAACGUUUGGACACUGUACAUUAGUGAUGGCCUAAUAUAGACAUGUAUACUGUUACAAUGGUUUCUACCCUUUUGGGCGGCUGAAUAAACUUACCAUUACACCGUUUCUUUUUUUCUUAGGUAUGGAACGACAUGUGGCUCUGUCAUAGCACACUAUCCAUUUAACACAAGACGUGCUCCUUGGCUUCAAUACUCCUCUACCUCGUCAUCACUAAUCUGUGUGCUUUAAAAUAUACUAUACUCACUACCUUAUAUUUUUAUUUUAUUUUUUCAUUUCCUUUUUUUGACAAUAACAAGAAACAUGGGAAUACAAUAUAGCACACUGUAAGCAGAGAGUUUCCUGGAUUCUGUCAGUCUGUAAUUACCAUUUAUAUAUCAAUUAUUUCUCUACAGGAAGAUCUUUCUCCAAGCAGACAAUGGCAGUAACGCCGGAGAGUGACUUGGGAGACAUUAAGGCUCCAGGCCUCGCUGCAACUGGUGACAGGUCCCAGAGAGAGGAGGUGAUGUAUUAUGUCAGAAAAACACCCAUUUACACAUUCAGAAGUAUUAUAAGUUAUAAAGUGACAUUAUUACAUACUCUUCAUACGCUCUGUUAACUGCCAUUGUUUAUUAUCAUUGGUUAUUCGUAUUACCAUAAGGCAGAGAGGCUACAUGAUUAAUUGAGAGAUAUAGAAAUUUCAUAAUGAGGGAAUGGCUGUAAAGUGAAAAAGAUUGUUACAUUCUGCAUUUAGACACUCUCAACACCAAAACCACUACAUCUGAAUGCGGUCCAUUUUCUCAGACAAUUUAAUAUAUUUCUAUUAGCGUAUCACGGCAGUUGGCGUGCAUGCGCCGUUUGUCCUCGGUGCUUUUGAUUGUAAGUCAUUUAUAACUUCACCAGGGGAAGAUCAGCUGCUGAAUGAAGACUGUCCCGGCACUAGAAGAUUUCUGUCUUUUUUUUUUUUUUAUUAUUUUUGUAGUGUUUACUAGAGUGACUAAAAAAAAUCUAAACAUAAAAUAAUGGCAUCUAACUAUUUUUUUUAAAUUCAUGUGUCUUUUUAAAGGGACGCUAUAAUCACCAAAACAACUUUAGGUUAAUGAAGCACUUUUUGUGCAUAGAUCAUGUCCCUGCAGUCUCACUGCUCAAUUCUCUGCCAUUUAGGAGAUACAUUACUUUUGUUUCUGUCAAUUUUCAAUCAGAUAUUAUUAUCUCCUGCUCUGUUAAUUGGACUGUAAUUACAUACAGAAGGCUCUGGCAGGACAUAGUAAGCUAUUAAUUGUACAGGAGAUAAGACAUUCUAAAUUAAACAGAGUUUGCAAUAAAAGAAGUGAAAACAUUAGAUGUCUCUCUACAGGAAGUGUUUAUGGAAGGCUGUGCAUGUCACAUGCAGGGAGGUGUGACUAGGGUUCAUAAACAAAGUGAUUUCAUUCCUAAAUGUCAGAGAAUUGAGCAGUGAGACUGCAGAGGCAUGAUCUAUACACCAAAACUGCUUCAUUAAACUAAGUUUUUUCUGGUGAGUGUAGCGUCUCUUUAAUUAUUAACGGACAACCUUGCAUUCCUAACAAAAUACAGUCAGAGUAUCCCUAAAUAUCAGAAUUUCAUACAUGCCAGAACGCAUUAUAUCGAUUUUUCCCUGCAAAUUAGGGAAGAAGUUGUUAUAGGUACGUCUGUUGCACUGAGCUUGUUAAGUAUUUCCAUAUGUCCCCGUGCAUAUGUCUAUAUUCUAAUGCGGAGGAGUUUUGCAGGAGGUCAGGUCCCAGACGGUCUAUUCAUGGGAAGCACCUUUAAUCAGCGCAGCGUGGCCUGAACAAUGAAGACAAUCAAACACUUACUAAAUCGGAUAAUCCCACUACGAAAUCACUUUGAAUCUCUUAGGAAUUCCUCAAAAGUGCAAACUGUUUUAUGUUGCAUUGUUUUUGCAAACUAUAUUUCUCAAUCUGUUUUUAUGUAAAACUGUCACUGAAUAUUAUCUGCUCUCAGUCAUAGAGUGUUCAAACACUCGCUGUGCAUUUUAUUAACAAUAUAGAAGUCUGUUCUGUUGCUGUUUGUUAUUAUCUAGAACUGAGUAAAUAUUUCUAAUGUUAACUUCCAGCAGGCCAGUCUCACGAUCAGCUCAACUCGUGAAAUCGUAGAUUCUGAUUGGCUGUUGAAAUGAUGAGCUGUUUAUAGUUUCCCUUCCAUGAGACAAAAAAUAGAAUUUGGACAGAAUUUAAAAUAUGGCUGUUCUAAGACAGUUUGGUUAUACUCCCAAAUGUCAAUUACUUCAAAAUAGAGUAUAUUUUGUUUAAAUGAUAGCAAUAAUAAUAUAAUAUAUAUUACAAUAUUACAAUAUUAUUUUUACAAUAAAAUUCAAUAUUGUAAAAAUAUUUGCAUAAAGAAUAUUUCAGGUACAUAACUACUGUAGACAUGGUCGGAACUUAGGCCUACUACACACGGGCAGGAAGGAGUUGGCAACUCCCGCUGCUCUUAGACACUCAGGAGACUACCAGAGUUUCUCCAACACCCCACCCCCUUACCAGUGAGGGAAAUCAUGGUAUCCCCUGAGGCUACAAUGGGACACAAGCACAAGAAGCUUUACCAUAUAGAGAGGCCUGCACUUCCAGACAUCAGGCUGUCAUUUGAAAAACCGGCCCAGCAGUUACCUCCCAGAGUGAGCCAGAAGUCUCAGAUGACUCACAGGAUGAAGGGGUAUCCAGCACAUCACCUCCUUCUGGUAGAGUGUACCAUAACAUAGAUUCUGAUGAUGAUUCCUCUCCCUCGACAAAAGUGGACAUCAAGAGACUGCAUGUGGAUCUUAGACAGGUCUGGAAGGCAGACCUAGAAGAGGCUCAAGCCAAAAUAGGCAUCCAACACCAGAAGGUGUCUGCUGUGGAGGAGAUGGAGAAGAGUGAGCUACAGAGCACAAAACACCAAAUGUAGGGCCUUAGCAUACAGGUCAAACAGCUGCACAAGAUGGUGACUUCCCUGGAAUCCCACCACUGCCGUCAGAACAUACGCCUACGAGGUAUUACUGAAGAGAUCAGCGGAGGUGCAGUGUGGCGAAAGUAACCUUGCCAAUGGCUUUUGGAGGGGUCUGUUUGCCAACCUCCUACCCUGUGACUAUGGUCCCUGGGAUAAACCAUGGUUAAAAAUACUGUUUUUGCCUUUUUGGACUUGUAUGGCUAAAUUUUGAACUUUCAAAGCGGCACUUCGAACUCCCGAACAACCGCACGAACCAGAGACCACCCUGGAGCCCGUUAACACCUAUUUACAACUUGGAACGUUUCUCACCGCAGUUAGAAGGGCACUGUUUGGUGGGAUAGUUCGUCUGGAUGUGGGGAACAAGCUCCAGAGUAAGAACAUUGACUAUGUUAGGUAGAUUAUUCGUUUUUAAACUACCGAACUAGACCGACCGCAAACCCUGAUUCUCAGGAAUUAUUUUGGGCAUGGGACCAUGCGUGCGGUCAGUCAAAUAAAUAACUUCCAUAGAAUUCCUGAACUGAUCUGGGUGAUUUUUGGAUUUGUUGUUCACCCAGAUCUGGGCUGUCAGGGGAUGUAACAUUUGUGGGGAUAUUAUGUGUUUGUAUGGUAGUUUGGGGUUUUUAUAGAAAUGUGUGUUUUCUCUGCCUGUAGAUAACUGAGUUAAUACAGUAUCUGACUCAAUUAUCUCCCAGGCUGAGGGGAGGGAUUGUGUGCUCUGUGUGGGAGUGUCGUGCCUUGUUACCUUAUUGUUAUUGGUAUGUGACGUUGUAAAUCAGUCUACCAUCAGGUCCAUAUGGGUGUACCCCAUGCAUGGGGAUUGUCAUAUAAAGCCAAGUGUGGCACCAUUAAAAUCAGUUCCUCUUCACCUUCAACAUAAAGCCUUGUCUAUUCCCUCUGGGGAUUGCUAUACUUAUUAUAUUUCCCUGGGUUUUAAUCACUAGCUCUUAUAAGUUCCUGCUUUACUCUCUGUAGUAGAAUCCUGGUCUUGGGUCCAGGGUGGGUGGAGGACGGCAAGAAGCCAGCCAAGCUGCUGCGGAUAAGGGGCUACAGUGCUUAUGGUUUCUGGUGGAGUGCUUGGAGCCCAGGGUGAGCACUAGGAACAUCGAUUGAUGCAGGCGGCCCGUCACACGCAAUCUUGCCAUUUGUUCAAAGAAUGGUUGCAUUUAUAGGUAUACAAUGCGAAGUAGAUGCCCCAGUUAUGUUGUCCUCUUUUAGAGUAAGAAAAUCAGCUGCUGCAACGGCAGGAGCACCCAGAGACGUUAUUGCAACUACAAGGGACAUUGCAGUAAGAAACGCUAUUAUGGCCAAAUCUAGAUCUUUGGGGAAGGUGAGCUUUGAGAGCCACAAUGUGUCCAUCUACAGUGACAUCCUGUUCUUCGCAGAACGCAGGCAGCUGGCACCAACCACCCCAGAAUACUUAGAGAUCAUUCAAUUAAGUAUCGUUGGAAUGCAGAGGGAUCUUUUGCAGUCACUCCUGGCUUCGAGACACUCACAUUGUCCUCCUUCGAUGACCCAAAGCAGUUGCUCCACGCACUGGGCUUGGGAACCGCCCUCACUGAAGGAGGGACAACCAGAGGAGAGACUCACACAGAGGAGACUGAUGCCGCAAAUCGACUCAGCAGAGUCUAACCAGCCUCUAACACCAGAAACAUCAUCAGAUUUUUUAUUUCAACUUUUGUUUCAAUUUUGAUUUUGCUGACGACUGUUGUCUCCUUUUCGGUGACUGUGGGAAUGAGCUUUAUGUCCUGGAGUAUGCUACCGGUAUGCACCUGCAGACCAUCCAGAGUGUGCUAAAUGGGCUAAAGUUUGAAAUGCAAAUAUGCCUUGAGACUCGAGGCUACUUAUGUUUAUUUUCUUAUAUUGUUUGAUUAGAGUGGAAAUUGUUGCAUUGCUUCCAGUCUUGAAAUAAUCUUGAUCUGUUUAUUACUUUUGGAUGUAUAUCGGCACAGUUGUAUGCUAUGUGUACAAAACCUAAUAAAACACAAAUUAAAAAAAACAAUAAUAAUAUCAACUGAUAGAAUAUUGCUCUAUGCAAGUACAAUUUAGCCACAGUGGCAAUAUGCUCAUACAUCAUCUUUAUUAUAACCACAUCAUUUUACAGUGAGGAUAUAAAACAAAAAAAUAAUUGGCAAAUUAAGGUCAACUAAUAGCUGAAGAAGGCCCUGCUUAAAAAGUUUACAACGUAGAGAGAAUGGCAUGUGAAAGAAGACCUUCUGUCAGAGGAGAUGGGAAACCGUACCUGUAUUUCAUUACAGAGUAAAAGUGAGGGAGUGAAUCGGACUGUGAGGAGAGACAGGGAGACUGAAGAUGAUAAUAUGUCUUCUUAAUGAGAUUAACUUUAAGGGACGUCAAGUCUUCAAGGACUGGUUCACUAGAGGAAUUAAGACAAGAUGUACUUCCUAUUAUUUAAAAAAUGCCAUAACCUUCCAACUCACAAGUUUGAGUCCCAGGUACAGGAGGUAGAGAAGACCUGCUGAAACAAGCUUACAAUGUAAUCAAAUUAUAUAAUUUGCUAAGUAAAUUUGAAGCCGACAGACACUUUGAAAAUGUUAAAAUAACUUCCAUUGUUAUCUGGUUUCAUUUUCCUUUAGAGAUUACAAAAUGUUAUAAACACUUCAUAUCGCAGCUUGGGAAUGUAGUAUACUUUCAGAACUAAUCAUGAAAUCAAUCAAUAAAUGCACUUUAUGUCAUUGUCUAUUUAUGUAAAUCUCUAUUCAAAACACCAUAGUCCGUAAACAUAAAUAAAAAUAAAGCUGUUUUACUGGCUAGUCACUAGUUUGCAGCCACACUCAGAUCAGCUCCCUAGAUAAGUACUAAUGUUCAACAAGACUUUGUGUAAUUAAAUAAUAAAAUACUACGCUGGAGGCACUAAGCUCGAAUACUGGUUUAGUAAUCAGGAGGAGUUUCAGAAUCGGCACCAUAAUCUGGGACAGUGUGAGCCACUGUACAGCAGUUAAUGAUACUUGUAUCAGGCCACGUCAAGAUACCAAACAAAAUAAUAAUAAUAAUAAUAAUAGAAUAUUGCUUUGGGAAAUGUGUCCAUAUUAACUAUGAUGUUUUAUGUUUACAGGAUAACUCCAGCACUGAGAAGGGAUUUGAAAGGGUUGGAGAAGAUCUGUUUUUGAAACCUCCAUCCUCCCUCCCUCCUGAAAUGGGACAGUCUGUGGCCCACUCCAGUGAUGUGCCAUUAAGGAUCAACCCUGACUUGGGACAUCCAGAAUUACUCCAGGAAACAUCCUUAAAGCUGCAUAUUUCAAUGUCACACAUAAAGAUCAAGGAGACACAGCUUCAGGGAUACGAUGGAGAUAAAUCUCAGGAUCUGCUUACAUUGGAGAUCAAACAAGUUCACCAACAAAGUCUACAAGACUCUCCUCCUCAGAAAUAUGGACGCAGAGUUCUACAGAGAACAAAAUCCAUAGAACCUACUUUUGUUGAUCAUAUUGUCCAUGAACGACCUUUACAGCAAUCCAGACCCUUUAUAGCUGGACCUACAUUACUUCCAUGUUCUGAAGGAUUAGAUAGACCUACAGCAUCAAUACUCACAUCAUGCCUUGAGUCAGUGGUGAGACCUACUGAAACCAGGUCCACACCGUAUUUGGAGUCUAUUGUUAGAGCUACAGCACCCACUCUCACAGCGUACUUGGCAUCUUUACCAGGAUCUACAUUGUCCUUAGUCAAACCAUGUUUAGAGUCAGCACCAAGACCUUCGGGAUCAAUGUUUCCAUCAGGUUCAGAUAACACAGAGGGACGUAUAUUGUCCAUAGCCUCACCAUGUUUGGAGCCAGUAACUAGAACUACAGAGCAUUCAUCCAAAUCAUGUUCAGAGACCAUACUGGAACCUACAGCUUCCAUGGUCACACCAUAUUUGGAGCCCAUAACAGAAGCUACACAAACAAUGGUUACCUUGUGUUCUGAACUCUCAGACAAUCGUGUACAUCCUAUGGUCAUACCAUGCACAGCGCCCAUAACAGCACCAAUAGCUCCCAUGGUCACAUCAUGUACAGCACCCAUGGUCACAUCAUGUACAGAUACCAUGAUCACAAUAUGUACAACGCCCAUAACAGCACCUACAGCUCCCAUGGUCACAACAGGAACAGCACCCAUAACGACACCUAUAGAUCCCAUGAUCACAAUAUGUACAGUACCCAUAACAGCACCUACAGCUCUCAUGGUCACAACAGGAACAGCACCCAUAACGACACCUAUAGAUCCCAUGAUCACAAUAUGUACAGUGCCCAUAACAGCACCUACAGCUCUCAUGGUCACAACAGGAACAGCACCCAUAACGACACCUACAGAUCCCUUGAUCAGACCACAUACAGCACCCAUAAUAACACCUCCAGCUCCCAUGGUCAAACCAUGUACACCGCCCAUAACAGCACCUCCAGCUCCCAUGGUCAAGCCAUGUACAGUCCCCAUAACAACACCUACAGCUUCCCUGGUCAAACCAUGUACAGCACCCAUAACAGCACCUACAGCUCCCACAGCCUUGCCAUGUACUUCACCCAUAAUAGCACCUCCAGCUCCAGUGGUCACACCAUGUACAGCACCCAUAUCAGCACCUCCAGCUCCCAUGGUCACACCAUAUAUAGGGCCCAUAACGGAACCUACAGCUCCCAUGGUCAAACCAAGUACAGUGCCCAUUACAGCACCUAUAGCUCCCAUGGUCACACCAUGUACAGUGCCCAUAACAGCACCUACAGCUACGAUGGUCACACCAUGUACAGCGCCCAUUACAGCACCUAUAGCUACGAUGGUCACACCAUGUACAGCGCCCAUUACAGCACCUAUAGCUCCCAUGGUCACACCAUGUACAGCACCUAUAACAGCACCUCCUGCUCCCAUGGUCAUAACAUUUAUGGACACCAUAAAAGCACCUAUAGAAGCCACGGUCAUACCAUUUAUGGAGCCCAUAAAGAGACCAUGUAAAGGGAGCAAAAAAGAAUCUCUAGCUUCCUUGGCCAUACCUUGUACGGAGGCCCUAAGGGGAUCUGCAGCUUCCAUAGUCACCCCAUGUUAUGAGUCCUUAGCUACAUCUGCACUGCACAUUUUCACACUGGGUUCAGAGCCUUUAGCAGACACGAUAAUGGGAAAUACAAAAUCUAUAUUUAUACCAUGUUCAGAAACCAUUUCAAGACCUACAUCAACAAGGAUCAUGUCCAGUUCGGAGUCCUUAGCUGAGCUUCCUAUAAUGGCAGGGUUUGGGAUGGAUGUGGUCAAUUCGUUUGGCUUACAGGAAGCACCUAGUGUUCUAUCUCAGGGCACAGAACCUGUGCUUACUGCAUGUUUGGGGCCCUUAAAGCCAGAUGUUACAAGUUCUGUACAUCCUGAGGAUUCUGGAACCUCACAUGAAAUUGGACAGACUACACCCAACCAACAGCACCCCAUCCAUUUUCAGCCAAUGUCUUUUACAUCUCAGAGGAAACUUAGCUUGGAAUUGAUGAGGAAGCACACGCGAGUGGAAUACAGUGACAGCAGCAGUGAUGAUGAAGAUCGUCUCGUCAUAGAAAUGUAG